GGGCUGCCUUCAGAUGUCGUCUAAAAGUCUGGUAGCUGUUGUUCUCUUUGACAUCUGGUGGGAGGGUGUUCCACAGGGCGGGAGCCACUACCGAGAAGGCCCUCUGCCUGGUUCCCUGUAACCUCACUUUUCGCAAUGAGGGAACUGCCAGAAGGCCCUCAGUGCUGGACCUCAGUGUCCGGGCUGGAUGAUGGGGAUGGAGACGCUCCUUCAGGUAUACUGGACCGAGGCCGUUUAGGGCUUUCAAGGUCAGCACCAACACUUUGAAUUGUGCUCAGAAAUGUACUGGGAGCCAGUGUAGGUCUUUCAAGACAGGUGUUAUAUGGUCUCGGUGGCCGCUCCCAGUCACCCGUCUAGCUGCCGCAUUCUGGAUUAGUUGUAGUUUCUGGGUCACCUUCAAAGGUAGCCCCACAUAGAGCGCAUUGCAAUAGUCCAAGCGAGAGAUAACUAGAGCAUGCACCACUCUGGCGAGACAGUCUGCAGGGCAGGGAGGGUCUCAACCCGCGUACCGGGAUAAGAUGGAGAUAGCAGCCAGGUUUAAGCAACAUGCGACGAGGAUUCGUGAAUGUUAAUAUGCAACUUAAGUGUUAGAUGCAGGUUUUUGAUGAGUGUUUUUAUUGAGCUGAACCCUCCUGGAAUCUUGUAUAUAUGCCAAUAAAAGUUUGAAAAUUUGAACUGGAUUUGCCUCCUGAGUUGCACAGUAUAACUACGCACAAUGUGAAGGAGUCCUUUUUAUCUGCUCUGAAUCUUCCAGCCUUCCGCUUUGUUGGAUGCCCACGAGAUCAACGCCAGGCUGGCAGCUCUGCCGGGGAGUCAUAGUCCCUAACCUCCAGCGGGCACCGGGUUGGGGAAGCCCGUUCUGUAGCAAAAGCCUUGCUAUGGAGAUGGUGGGGCGAUGCUUUGGAAUUCUGCAGCGUCCCUCUGAUUGGCUGCCGGUGAUGUCAUCCCCCAUUCAGGUUGACUCUGCUGUUCCUUGAUCACAAUGGUAAAAAUCUCUCCCCGGUUUCACUGAAUGCAAAGUCAGAUGCGGCCCUAGCAGAAUUUGCAAAGGUUUUGCUGGCUCUCUGUCCCACCACUUUAUCAUCAUCAAUGCAACAGAGGCAUCACCCUUCUCCUGUUUCCUUCCCUAGGUCCCAUGUUUGGGUCCCAAAAGCUACUUCCAGCCACGGUAUACCUUACCGGGUCCACACUUUCAACCUGAAUAGAACAGAUUUACUUUUUCUUUUGCUGCAUAUUUGCAUCAUGCUCUGUCAUCAGUGGGACGCGGGUGGCGCUCUGGGUUAAACCACAGAGCCUAGGACUUGUCAACCAGAAGGUCGGCGGUUCGAAUCCCCGCAACAGGGUGAGCUCCCGUUGCUCGGUCCCUAAAAGCACACAUUCUGCUCAUGUAAAAACACCAGGCAGGCCUUACAAAUAACCCAGAGAAGCAUUUUAAAUAAAAGGGCACAUUCUACUCAUGUAAAAACAUGCUGAUUCCCGGACCGUCUGCGGGCCAGAUUUAGAAGGCGAUUGGGCCGCAUCCGGCCCCCGGGCCUUAGUUUGCCUACCCGUGGUUUAACAAAUACAGUAGUACUUUCUUUUAUCUGCCCUGAAAUCUUCCGACCAUGAGUUGUAGCAUGAUGAGAGAGGGAGGAAAACCUUUUCUCUAUCCCCUUUCUCCAAUCCAUCCCUAAUUUUAUAAACUCACCUGAACUCAACAUUGAGAAAAGCUUCGUGAGCCCAGGGACCACAUCGCCGGGUCACCUUGGUCCACCCUUUAUUACCUGUGUGUUUUCAUAGCAACUCUGCCCUGCGGUUUCCCGGGUGACCCCAUCCAGCUGCAGUGUAAACCCUCCACCCAGUGAAUCUCCUCCCCAGCACUAGUUGCCCUUGUUGCGAUGUAAGGCUGAGUUUUGCCUCUUGAGCUGCUUGCCUGGAGUGAACCGAAGAUCAAAUCUACUCUCAGCCAGACAGUAAGUGCUACAGAUAUGUGGUCCUUUUUUUCUGGAGGAAUAAGCUGCUUGCAUCAUCUCAGUUCGUUAGGAAAGGUGAAGUCACACAGUGCAUCUACAACACAGAUAAAUUAAGACCCUCUCCUUCCCUGGAGGUUUCCAGGCAGAGGUUGGAGGGCCAUCUGUCAUGGAUGCUUUAGCUGAGAUUCCUGCAUUACAAGGAGGUUGGAAUGGGGUUCCAUUGCAACUCUAUGAUUCUAUGAUUCCAACUCUAUGAUUCUAAAUAAUGAUGGAAUCAUUAUUUUACCCUCUUGAUUUGCACCACCACCAGCUCGCCAGCAGCAUCCAUAUUUCAGAUGCAGGAACCUUUCAAUUUCAUAAAAACUUCUCACAAUAUACACAUUUUUGUAUGUGCUUUUUGCCAAAAAAGAGCACCUUUUUGUAAGAAAUACAAUGCAUUUUGUAUGUCGUUUUCAUGAGUUUAUGUGUUUUUAGGCACGCUCUCGCCUAAUAUAUACAUCGCUGUGCCCAAAUUUUGUUUGAAGAGCUGCAUCACAAGAAUAGAUUGGGAAAACGGAGAAUUUCCACAGGUUUCGGUUGGUGUAUAGUUUCAGGAAGAGCAAAUUGGGCAGGGUCAUAUUAAAAUGCAAACGGAACCAGUUUUCUCCCGCAUCCUUUGCAUCCAUAACUAGGACUGUGAUUUUUUAUAUAUUUGAGAAGCUCCUGCCCAUAUAUGUUUGCUUAAGCUAUAAUAAUGGGGUCCCUGAAUGGCAUAACAACAUCAGAAGAGUCUGUCUGGAUCAGGCCAGUGGCCCAUUUAGUCCAUCAACCUGUCCUCUCAUUGGUCUCUUUCGGGGAACCUGCAAGCAGGAUCUGAGCACAAAAGCAAUUAUCUCCCUUCCUGUAGUUUCCAGCAGCUGGGAUUCAGAAUCAUUGCUGCUUCCAGCUGUAGAGGCAGAGCAUAGCUAUUGCAGCUAGCAGCCAUUGGUAGCCUUAUUCUUCAUGAAUUUCUCCGGUCCUCUUUUAAAGCCAUCACUGCUUCCAGUGGGGGUGAGUUCCAUGGUUGAUUUAUGCACUUUGUGAACCCUAAUAAGGAGGGCCGCCAAAUGAAAAGCUCUAACAGGACAGCCUAGCUGCCUUGGUGGCGCGGUCUAAAGCACUGAGCCUCUUGGGCUUGCCGAUUGGAAGGUUGGCGGUUCGAAUCCCCGCAACGGAGUGAGCUCCCGUCACUCUGUCCCAGCUCUACCUCUCUUUCAAAUUGGAACCAGUGAAGGCGCUGAAGGUCCUCUGUGAGUGCCUGGAGGCGGUUGGAGGAUGGAUGGCAGCUAACAGAUUGAGGUUGAAUCCUGACAAGACAGAAGUACUGUUUUGGGGGGGACAGGGCGGGCGGGUGUGGAGGACUCCCUGGUCCUGAAUGGAGAAACUGUGCCCCUGAAGGACCAGGUGCGCAGCCUGGGAGUCAUUUUGGACUCGGCUGUCCAUGGAGGCGCAGGUCAUUUCUGUGUCCAGGGCAGCUGUUUAUCAGCUCCAUCUGGUACGCAGGACGAGACCCUCCCUGCCCGCAGACUGUCUCCCCAGAGUGGUGCAUGCUCUAGUUAUCUCCUGCUGGGACUACUGCCAUGUGCUCUGUGUGGGACUACCUUUGAAGGUGACCCGCAAACUACAACUAAUCCAGAAUGUGGCAGCUAGACUGGUGACUGGGAGCGGCCGCCGAAAGACCUACAUUGGCUCCCAGUACGUUUCCGAGCACAAUUCAAAGUGUUGGUGCUGACCUUUAAAGCCCUAAACAGCCUUGGUCCAGUAUACCUGAAGAAGCGUCUCCACCUCCAUCGUUCUGCCCAGACGCUGAGGUCCAUCCAGCUCCGAGGGCCUUCUGGCGGUUCCCUCGCUGCGAGAAGUGAGGUUACAGGGAACCAGGCAGAGGGCCUUUUUGGUAGUGGCACCCGCCCUGUGGAACGCCCUCCCACCAGAUGUCAAAGAGAAGAACAACUACCAGACUUUUAGAAGGCAUCUGAAGGCAGCCCUCUUUAGGGAAGCUUUUAAUGUUUAACAGACCACUGUAUUUUAAUACUUUGUUGGAAGCUGCCCAGAGUGGCUGGGGAAACCCAGCCAGAUGGGCGGGGUAUAAAUAAUAAAUUCUAUUCUGUUUUAUUCUAUUCCUUUACCUUUACCUUACCUUUUGUUUCUAUAAACAAAACCUGAGGUGUCACUUCUUCCUGUCUGUUACAGAAUGGAUUUGAGCAGCUACCUGGGAGACUAUGAAGAUGACAUCUUCCGAGGGUCUUCCCCCUUGGGGUGGGAAGAUUCUGAAAUUUUUCUGGGUAGCCAGAGCGGGACAGAUCUGAGCCAAGGGGACUUGCAAGAUGACACAACCGAGUCUAUCACGGAUGAAAGCGGGCCGCUGCUUCGAUGCCUCAAGAAAAUCUACCGGAAGGGAAAGAAAGAAAAGACGAGGCGACGAAAAACCAUGACUUCAGGUAAAGCAAGGUCUCAGCGGCUCAGAUUGCGUUGGAAUUGUGGAUGCGAGGAAAAAUAAAUACAUAUUAAAGGAUAAAUCCCAGAUGCCAAGUUCCAGGUUUGGGGCUAGUUAGUGUUCUUUGGUGAGGGAAUCCCAGUAGAGAUUUAUAAUAUGCAGCAAAGUGAAAUAGGCAGCAAUAUUGGCUGUUAGGCCUUUAAAAUAUGCCUUUGUGAGUAACCAAGCAGUCCCUGCUGCCCCAAGCAUAGGAAAAGACCACAGGUUUGGUCAGUUAAAAAUGGGUUUACUCACAAAUUCUUCAAAGGUCAGGUUCAUGUGCUUUUCCACACAUCCAUUCAGAAAAGUUGCACAGACAGUAAAACCUGGCUUAGUUACAGUGGUGAGAGUUCCCAAAUUACUGGUAUAGGAAUUCAAGUGUGGCUUGUAAGAGCCAUGUGGUCUGAGCUGCAGGAACCAGCUCAGUGCAACUCAGACCCAGGGCUGGAUUUAGGUUUGAUGAGGCCCUAAGCUACUGAAGGUAAUGGGGCCCUUUAUAUAUGUCCAGCUGUCCUUUGUCCACAACAAAUUGUCGCUGUUUUUUGUGUUGAAUAUAUGCUAUAUGGUAAUUUAUGGACCUAAUAGGUAUUUUAUCAAACGUAUUUGAUAAAUAUGUAUUUUAUCAAAGUAAUUUGUUUUUUAUCUUAUAUUUUGGAAAUGUACAUCCAGUUUUUUUUCCUUUUAAAUUUUUUGGAGGCCCCCAAGAGAGUGGGGCCCUAAGCUAUAACUUGUUUAGCUUAUAUGUAAAUCCGGCACUGCUCAGACCUCCUCACAUGCUUCUCUGGUAGACUGGCAUCAGCCAGCACCCCAAAUUCUUAAUUGUAUAUCACAUGCAUGCACAGAAGUUGAGGAAAGCCUUCAUGGAUCCUGCAGGCCAAGGCUGCCCUCCCUUCUGGGGGCCACUUGCCAUUGGUGGGCGGGGCCAGAGGCAAAAGUGGGCGGGGCAGUGAACAAGAUGCUUAGCUUUGCAGCAUAGGCUGAUUUCACUCCCCUCUAUUCUCCAUCCAGGGCAGGUGACCUAGAGAGAAGGGGUGGGUGGCCUGGAGAAAGUCCUGCAGGCCAGGGAGAGGUGCCAAGCAGGCUGAAUUUGGCCCCCGCAUUUGGCCCACCCCUGCUACAGGCAAACUACCGUAUUUUUUGCUCUAUAAGACUCACUUUUUCCCUCCUAAAAAGUAAGGGGAAAAUUGUGUGCGUCUUAUGGAGCGAAUGCAGGCUGCACAGCUAUCCCAGAAGCCAGAACAGCAAGAGGGAUUGCUGCUUUCACUGCGCAGCGAUCCCUCUUGCUGUCCUGGCUUCUGAGAUUCAGAAUAUUUUUUUUCUUGUUUUCCUCCUCCAAAAACUAGGUGCGUCUUGUGGUCUGGUGCGUCUUAUAGAGCGAAAAAUACGGUACCUCUGGAGAAAGCUGUUAGAUCCUUAUUCCUCAAGGGACCCUGAAUCCCCAUUAGGAGAGUACAGUGGAUGCUGGGGUUGCGAACGUGAUCAAUGCGGGAUGCACGUUCGCAACCCUCAGCGUCCGCAACCCUCAGUGGCGCAUCUGCGCAUGCGCGGGUUACAAUUCUGCGCAAAGCGCGAUUUAGCGCUUCUGCACAUGCGCGACCGCCGAAACCCAGAAGUAACCUGUUCCGGUACAGUGGUACCUCGGGUUAAGAACUUAAUUCGUUCCGGAGGCCCGUUCUUAACCUGAAACUGUUCUUAACCUGAAGCACCACUUUACCUAAUGGGGCCUCCUGCUGCUGCCGCACUGCCUGAGCACGAUUUCUGUUCUCAUCCUGAAGCAAAGUUCUUAACCCGAGGUACUAUUUCUGGGUCAGCGGAGUCUGUAACCUGAAGCGCAUGUAACCUGAGGUACCACUGUACUUCCGGCUUUCGGCGGUCCGCAACCCGAAAAAAUACAACCUGGAGCAUCUGUAACCGGAGGUACCACUGUAAUUGAUUUCUCCUUUCUCUCUUCUUCCCCGGCGCUUUUAGUCCCUGAUCUCUCUGCUAUGGCAACCAUCUGGGAAGAAAGCGAGAACCCUGGUUCUGCUCAGGAGCCUGAGCUCCUGUUGAACUCCUGGAGGAGCACCAUAGAUUACUUCAACAGUAAAAAAGAGGUAUGGGGGCACGACUUAGGAACAGGCUGUCUGAGGGACCGUACUGCCCCAUACGUGUCUGCCCAGGCUCCAAGGUGUUCAGGGGAGGCAGAAGGCUGGAGGGAGUAGAACGGACUCCCUCAGGACAUGAUGGGCCCUCCUUCCUUGGAUUGUUUUCAAGCAGAGUUUGGAUGGCCGUCUGUCGUGGAUGCUUUAGCUGAGAUUCCAGCAUUGCACGGGGAUGGACUAGAUGACCCUCGGGUUCCCUUUUUACUUUUUAACCAUUAUCUUUUAUAUGUUCUUAGCUGUGUGUAUUUUACCUCUGUCCUUUUAAUUUGUGUAAACUGCUUUGAGUCCUGGACUGGGGAAAAGGUGAGAUAUCAAUCAUAAUAAUACAGUGGUACCUCGCAAGACGAAUGCCUCGCAAGACGAAAAACUCGCAAGACGAAAGAGUUUUUCGUUUUUUGAGUUGCUUCGCAAGACGAAUUUCCCUAUGGGCUUGCUUCGCAAGACGAAAACAUCUUGCAAGUUUGUUUCCUUUUUCUUAAAACCGUUAAUACCCGUUAAAACCGUACUUCGCAAGACGAAAAAAUCGCAAGACGAAAAAACUCGCAGAACGAAUUAAUUUCGUCUUGCGAGGCACCACUGUAUAAUAACAAAUUUGAUUAUUUAUACUCCGCCCACCUGGCUGGGUUUCCCCAGCCAUUCUGGGCGGUUCCCAACAGAACACCCAUAACAAUAAUUUAAAAAGCGACAAAACAUCAAACAUUACAAACUUCCCUAAGCAGGGCUGCCUUCAGAUGUCUUCUAAAAGUCAGGUAGUUGUUUAUUUCCUUGACAUCUGAUGAUGAGGGCGUUCCACAGGGUGGGCACCACCACCGAGAAGGCCCUGUGCCUGCUUCCCUGUAACCUCGCUUCUCGCAGGGAGGGAACUGCCAGAAGGCCCUUGGAGUUGGACCUCAGGCUGAAUGAUGGGGGUGGAGACGCUCCUUCUCUCUCUCUCUUUCUCUGGAAACCACAAUGUAGGGUUAUCAACUGCCAGCCUAAGCAUCCAAUCCGGCCUCCAGGGGGCUCCCCAUCUGACCCCCAUUCUGGAUCCAAAAGAUCCCCCAUCUUUAUACACUGUCUACUUUCUCCUCCAUGGGCACAGACAAAGAGAGCCAGUGUAGUGUAGUGGUUAGUGUUGGACUAGGACGUGGGAGACCAGGGUUCGAAUCCCCACUGGGCCAUGAAGCUCACUGGGUAUAUGACCUUGGGGCCUGUCACUGUCUCUUUCAGACUGGCCUGGUUGUUGUGGGGCUUAAAUGAGCAGAGGAAGAACCCUGUGCUCCCCCUCAAGCUCCCUUGAGAAAAAAGGCGGGAUAGAUCUGCAAUAAAUCCAUAAUAAUAAUAAAUACUUCUCUCUCACACACACCCAAUUUCCUUUAGGAAGAUGUCAUGAAGAAAAGUUUUUUCAGGUUCUUAUCCAUCCUCAGCAAGACAAUCAACUGGAGCAACAUGACUGAUUUUUUUAUGGAUAACUUUACCUCCGAUGUUGUGGGAGUCUUAACAGUGAGUUUCUCUAUUUGCUUGUUUGCCUGUUUUCAAUCUGACCCCACUCUUGAAAAUAUUUACUCAACCCUUGCUUUUUUCCUGUACAUGCAGAGUCCUCCUUGUACCUUAACUGGAGUUAAGGUUCCUCCUGUUACCAAUCUUGUGGUCAGGCCACACUCUUGUGCACUGACGCUGACCUCACUGUUGAUGAGUUUUGCAGGAUUUCUACCUCAUUCACUGAGGAUAUCCCACUUCUCGUUUACAGGAGAUGAUUAAGAGAGAUUUUCCAGAAUCCAGCGUCGUCUGUCUUCAUGCUAUGGCCACCGUUAUUGACUUGAGGUAGAUUCAAUUCCUUAGCUCACUUCCUGGGUUGACUUCUAACUCUUGACCCACCGCGGCAACUGCGUUGAAGCUUUCCGCUGUUCAAAAGGAAUCUGUUUUACACUUGUGGCCGAGGGUUUCAAACGAAGUGGCGCCUCAUAGAUUAGGAGGAGAUAUAACAUGGCGCUCUCCAGAUAUCAUUGGGCCUCCAACUCCUAUCAGCCCCAGCAGUCAUAGCCAAUGGCCAGGGAUCAUGGGAAUUGUAGUCCAAAACAUUUGUAGGCUGCCACAUUGGUGAAGGCUAGGCCCAGCACUAUCUAAAGGGUCAUUUUCUUCCACUCGAACCUAUCCCUCAGUAAAUAUGUUCUUCAGAGACCUGUCUUCUAAUUUCCCUGCCUUCUGAGGUCUAGCAGGAAGCUGUGGAGAAGAGGGCCUUCUCCGUGGUGGCACCCAAAAGAUGGAAAACUCUCCGCUGAGAAAUUUGCUUGGUCACAUCUCUACAUAGCUGUCAACUUUUCCCUUUUCUUGCGAGGAAUCCUAUUCAGAAUAAGGGAAUUUCCCUUAAAAAAAGGGAAACGGUGACAGCUAUAUAUCUCUACCAUCCUUUGGGCACCAGGCCUGCUCUCUUGGGCUUUUAAUGGUAGAUGAGAUCUUUUAAUGUCCUUCUGUGUUACCCUGUUGCUCAGGACUCUGCAGUUCCUUUUUCUAGGAAAAAAGGGAUGCCAGAACUCAUCACGAACACUUCCCUUGUUGUCUUAUAAUGGCAAUGGUGCCCACCUGAGAGGUGCCAGAAUUCUGGUGACUUCUGGCUGGAAUAAAAGUCCAGCAACUAUGUAUGCUAACUAACUAACUAAUCAGUUGCAAUCCUUUAUUGUUUCUAUAAUAAUAAUAAUAAUUUAUUAUUUAUACCCCACCCAUCUGGCUGGGUUUCCCCAGUCACACUGGGCGGCUCCCAACAGAACACUAAAAACACAGUAAAACAUCGUACAUUAAAAACUUCCCUAAGCAGGGCUGUCUUCAGAUGUCUUCUAAAAGUCAGAUAGUUGUUUAUUUCCUUAACAUCUGAUGGGAGGGCGUUCCACAGGGCAGGAGCCACCACCGAGAAGGCCCUCUGCCUGGUUCCCUGCAACCUUACUUCUUGCAGGGAGGAAAAGGCCCUUGGAGCUGGACCUCAGUGUCUGGGCUGAACGAUGGGGGUGGAGAUGCUCUUUCGGGUCUACUGGGCCUUUGAGGCCAUUUAGGGCUUUAAAGGUCAUCACCAACACUUUGAAUUGUGCUCGGAAAUGUACUGGGAGCCAAGGUAGGUCUUUCUGUAUUAUUGUCCUAAAAUUACAGAUUUGAAGAAAAACAAAAGGGUCAAUCCGUGAGAUCAUAGGUCAAAAGGCUGGGUUGAAAUCUUAAAAGUAACACGAGUGAGUCAUUCCCCAGCCAGACGCCCACCAGAAUCUUCAGACUCCAUCUCGCAUCGUCCCCAGCUGGCAAAAUGCCAUUCUCUGACUCCCGUUUCUUCCACCAGCAAGGCGAACGUCACAAAAACGAUGGGGUCCUACAAGAAGGGGAUAUUGCUCCGCACCUUUUUCAAGAGCGUCUUUGCCCUUUCACCCCUGAAGGCGGGACAAGAGGAAGGAGCGGCCAAUUCUGCCAAUGCCCAGUACGCAAAGGUAGUUUUGUCUUCCUCUCUGGCUUAGAACAUAAGGAGAGGCUGCUGGAUCAGGCCAAUGGCCCAUCUAGUCCAGCAUCCUGUCAUCUCAGUGGCCAACCAGAUGCUUCAAUGGGGAUCCUGCAAGCACAAGAGCCUUCUUCCCUCCUGUAGCCUAUGGCAGCGAGUCACAUAGUUCAGCUAUCAUAAAAUCAUAGAAUUGCAGAGUAACUUAAAAGUAAAGGGACCCCUGACCAUUAGGUCCAGUCGUGACCGACUCUGGGGUUGUGGUGCUCAUCUCGCUUCAUUGGCCGAGGGAGCCGGCGUACAGCUUCCGGGUCAUGUGGCCAGCAUGACUAAGCCGCUUCUGGCAAACCAGAGCAGCGCACGGAAACGCUGUUUACCUUCCCCCCGGAGUGGUACCUAUUUAUCUAACUUGCACUUUGACGUGCUUUCGAACUGCUAGGUUGGCAGGAGCAGGGACUGAGCAACGGGAGCUCACCCCAUCACGGGGAUUCGAACCGCCGACCUUGUGAUCGGCAAGUCCUAGGCUCUGUGGUUUUACCCACAGUGCCACCCGCGUCCCACAGAGUAACUUACAACAAGACUAAACCUUAACACUAAGCAUACUGUGUACAGAACACCACACCAGAAAGAGAGAUAGAAAGAGAAAGUGAAACCUAGGCUCCUUCUGACCUUACUUUUAUAGCCAGCAUGACCUUGUCAGAAAGAGAUAACAGAACCAGUUUAAUCCCUCUGUACAGUGGUGCCUCGCAAGACGAAAUUAAUCCGUUCCGCGAGUCUCUUCGUCUUGCGGUUUUUUCGUCUUGCGAAGCACGGCUAUUAGCGGCUUAGCGGCUAUUAGCGGCUUAGCGGCUUAGCGGCUUUAAGAAAAAGGAAACAAACUCGCAAGAACUCGCAAGACGUUUCGUCUUGCAAAGCAAGCCCAUAGGGAAAUUCGUCUUGCGAAACGACUCAAAAAACGGAAAACUCUUUCGUCUUGCGCGUUUUUCGUCUUGCGCGUUUUUCGUCUUGCGAGGUACCACUGUAUAACCCAAACAUCAGGAUGAACCUUCCGCUUGUUUCUUUCACACAGAGAAGCUUCCAGAACCCUCUUGAAUUAAAUAGAAUAGGAAAGAUAUCUGCACAUCAGAUCAAUACUAUCUGUACCAAUAAAUGCAAUUUGACAGUUUUGCGGCAGGCAUAGCUAACCUGUGGCACUUCAGAUAUUGUUGGACUCCAGUUCCCAUCAUCCUUGACCAGUGGACGUGCUGGCUAGGGAUGAUGGGAGCUGCAGUCCAACAACAUUGCUUAGCCACCCUGGUUUAGUGGACAUUUUAUCCAGCCGUGAUAUAAAGAACGGGUUUCAUGUAUGGGAAUCCCCCCAGAUCCUGGAGCUCACCAGCCCAGCCAGCCCAAUAUUCCAUCAUAGAAUCAUAGAAUUGUAGAAUUGGAAGGGACCCAAGGGUCAUCUAGUCCAACCCCCUGCAAUGCAGGAAUAUGCAGCUGUCCCAUACAGAGAUCGAACCUGCAACCUUGUCGUUCUCAGCACCGUGUUGGUAACCAAAUGAGCUAUUCAGGCAUUAUGUGAGCUGCAUGAAGAAGUGCUUUUGUCUUUCCUGAAUCUUCCAAUGUUCGGCUUCAUUGAAUGUUCAUGAAUUGUAAUGUUACAGAUCGAUCUAUCGAUCUAUCUAUCUAUCUAUCUAUCUAUCUAUCAUCUCUGUUCCCACACUGCUCCAGUGAGAAGUUUGUGGCUUGGAUCCUGACAAGGAACUAAUCCACACUUCCAGCUCAGCCAGUAGAGUACGAAACUCUUCAUCUCAUCAGUCAUGGGUUCAAGCCGCACCUUGGGCAAAAGAUUCCUGCAUUGCAGGGACGGGGUUGGACUAGAUGACCCUUGUGGUCCUGAGCAGUAAUCUAGGCAGGGCAUUUAGCUCUCCCAGUUUCCAAGGUCAUCCUUUCCUGGGCCCUUAGUGAACUGGUCUCCUUCAACAUUCCUACCCCCUCCUCCAGAACCUCUUCAUCAGAACAUACCAGACCUUCAGUGAGAUGCUCCAGCAGCUGAUGGUGGAGAACCCAAUUCCUUCGGAGCUGGAGAGGAUCUUGCAGGUAAGAGGAAAGGAGUAAUAACAAUAAUUUAUUAUUUAUACCCCGCCCAUCUGGCUGGGUUUCCCCAGCCACUCUGGACGGCCCCCACAGGCUAAAAACAGAAUAAAACAUCAAACAUUAAAAACUUCCCUAAACAGGGCUGCCUUCAGAUUUCUUCUAAAAGUCAGAUAGUUGUUUAUUUCUUUGACAUCUGGCGGGAGGGCGUUCCACAGGGCGGGCUCCACCACCGAGAAGGCUCUCUGCCUGGUUCGCUGUAACCUCACUUCUCACAGGGAGGAAACCGCCAGAAGGCCCUUGGAGCUGGAGCUCAGUGUCCGGGCUGGAUGAUGGGGGUGGAGAUGCUCUUUUGGGUAUACUGGGCCAAGGCUGUUUAGGGCUUUCAAGGUCAGCACCAACACUUUGAAUUGUGCUCGGAAACAUACUGGGAGCCAAUGUAGGUCUUUCGGGAUCAGUGUUAUAUGGUCUUGGCGGCCGCUCCUAGUCACCAGUCUAGCUGCCACAUUCUGGAUUAGUUGCAGUUUCCGGGUCACCUUCAAAGACAGCCCCACUUACAGCACAUUGCAGUAGUCCAAGCGGGAGAUAACCAGAGCAUGCACCACUCUGGUGAGACAGUCUGCGGGCAGGGAGGGUCUCAGCCUGUGUACCAGAUGGAGCUGAUAAACAGCUGUCCUGGACACAGAAUUGACCUGCGCCUCCAUGGACAGUAUCUUCAGACUGUCAGGAUUCCAUCUUACUGCCUAUGGGUUUAGUUGCUGGCUAAGUGGGAGUUCCUGCUCAACUUCUAUAUAUUUUAUACAGUCAUACCUUGGGUUACAGAUGCUUCAGGUUGCGUUUUUUCAGGUUAUGGACCACCGAAACCCGGAAGCACCGUUACUUCCGGGUUUUGGCGGUCACGUAUGCGCAGAAGCGCUAAAUCGCGCUUUGCGCAUGCACAGAAGCACCGAAUCACAACCCACGUGUCCACUGCAUAUGCAGUGUCUGCUCCACCUAGAUAAUUUUUAUGGGCCCACAUUCAAAAUGUAUGUUACAUGUUUCUCAUGGACACUGACACUAGAGGGCUCUGCACUUUCUGGUACUUUGGGAAGACAAGUGAACAGACCUGAUGGCUGCAGAAUUUUCUCUCUCUGUUGCGUUUCCCCUCCUCAACAGCUGAUGGCUCCUUGGCUACAGUCCUCGGAGGCCGACCUGCGAGAGAGGGCUAUCUGGACCAGUGCAUCGCUGCUCAACUUUGUGGCCAGCAAAUUACAGCUGGAUGUGAGUAGACUGUGAAAUAACCAACUGAGCUAUCCAACAAAUUUUCCUCUAAGGCAGGCAUCCCCAAAUUCAGCCCUCCAGAUGUUUUGGGACUACAACUCCCAUCAUCCCUCGACGAUCGGACCAGUGGUCAGGGAUGAUGGGAGUUGUAGCAUAACUGUCAACUUACAGAUUUGAAAAUAAGGGAUCAGCAGCCAAAAUAAGGGAUUUUAGUCAAUCAGCUGAAGUACGAAGUUAAAAGGAACCAGAUAAUUUGGGAGAGCAGCGCCGGUUUUUAGCCCUUCAUUUCCAGAGGUUGCUGCUCAAGACACCAACUGAUGAAAGACUGCAAUGAAAUAACUACAAGCAGCAACCACUUUUCGCGCAAAACAAAGUCCAAGCUACGAAGAUGCUGCUGCAGUUCUGUAUCUUUUCUCUCGUGCUCCAUCUGCAGCUCUCAGUUCCAUCAGGCGGGGCGGGAGGAAGGGGGGGGGAAUCGCGCCCGAAGUAAACCCGCAGAUCAGACCAUCUAUGCUAGUCUACCACUACAAAUCUAGGGGAGAAGCGCUUGCAGUCCUUCCCUUGUAGCCCUUGGAACACCUGCCCGCGCCUCCGCCUCCUCCUCCCAUUCUUUUUAUCUUGCAGCGCCUUACCUGCGAUUUUUGACGCGAACGCGAGUUUUGAGCAAUACAUUUGCGAGCAGCGAGCGCGAUAUUAGGCUGGGCCUUUUAGUUAGCGCCGCGCGAGUUGCGAAGCCAGCCGCAAGUGCGGGGGGGAGCGGGUCCCCAGGCCGGGCGGCGGGCGGGGCGGCGCGCAGCGCGACGCCGCAACGAAGCCUCCUGGCAGGGCGGCGACUUAUUAAGAAGCGGCAAGAUGGGCAGGGAUGCCUGCUCUGAAGUCCCAAAUGCUGCAAGCUUUCCUCAUAAGAGAGCCGCUCCAUCCCCUUGAUUAUUUGGGCCACUCUUUUUUGAACUCGUGGGGCUCUCCUUCCUCGUGCUCAGCACUGCUGUGCCCCCUUUAACAGCAUGGGAAGAACUAUGGAGAAAGAACUGGAAAUUUACAGCCUGUGAAGUAUUGAGGGAAAAUCUAAUCAAGAUGUUUUAUAGAUGGUACUUAAAGGUAAAGGGACCUCUGACCAUUAGGUCCAGUCGUGGCUGACUCUGGGGUUGUGGCGCUCAUCUCGCUUUAUUGGCCAAGGGAGCCGGCGUACAGCUUCCGGGUCAUGUGGCCAGCAUGGCUAAGCCGCUUCUGGCGAACCAGAGCAGCGCACGGAAACGCCGUUUACCUUCCCGCUGGAGUGGUACCUAUUUAUCUACUUGCACUUUGACGUGCUUUCGAACUGCUAGGUUGGCAGGAGCAGGGACUGAGCAACAGGAGCUCACCCCGUCGCGGGGAUUCGAACCGCCGACCUUCUGAUCAGCAAGCCCUAGGCUCUGUGGUUUAACCCACAGCGCCACCCGCAUCCCUUAGAUGGUACUUAACACCUACCAAAAUAGCUAAUAUGUAUAAGACAAAAACAAAUCUGUGCUGGAGGUGUGGUAAAACAGAGGGGACACAUAUACAUGUUUGGUGGACCUGUGGAAAAAAUCAAAAGCUUCUGGAACACAGUAUAUGACGAGCUUAAAAAAAUGUUUAAGUAUAACUUUAUGAAAAAUACAGAAGCUUUUCUACUAGGGAUAACGGACACAGCUAUAGCAAGAGAAGAUCAGAAACUAUUCCUCUAUGCCACAGGAGCAGCAAGGAUCCAAUUGCCAAAAACUGGAAAAAAGGAACUGUGCCAACAAAAAAGGAAUGGCAAGAUAAAAUGUUAGAGUAAAUUGAACUGGCUAGAUUAAGAGAGGCAAUGAGAGAUCACACUAGACAAGCGUUUCAAAAACGCUUUGGGGGAAAUGCAGAGAACACUUCACAAAACAGUGCCCUAAAAUACAUACCUGGACUUGUUUCGGUUAAUGUCUGCAGGAGACUUUGUGGAUAUGUAAGUUAUAAUUAGAAAAAUCUCAAUAAUUAUUCAUAAAGGAAACAGUUUAUAAGAAGUAAAUAAGGAGGCCAGGUACAGGAUAAAGGAAGUCAUUUAUUUGGUUGUUUGUAUUUUUGUAUGUUAUGCUUAUUGUAUGUUAUGUUCGCGUUUAAUGAGGGUGGAUUUCUGUAUUGGGGGUGGGGGCUUUAUGUUAUGUUGUAAAUAAAAUUUCCAAUAAUUUUUUUUUUUUUAAAAAAGCACUGCUGUGCCCCUUUUCCUCCGCCAGACGCUGUCCAAAUUCUCCCGGCUGGGCCACCUCGUCGCGGUGCUGGGGAUCUGCUGCGGAGACGCCGUCAAGUCCAUCAGCUCCAAGGCAGCCAAGAGUGUCCACCUCCUCCUGGCGAUCGUGCUUGGCCAGAAAAGUAAGAAACGGGCGGUGAAGCCAUCCUUGAGCAUGUGCAGAGUGUGGGGGGGGCGUAGCUCAGCGGCAGAGCCUCUGCCUCACAAGCAGAAGUUCCCAGGUUCAGUCCCUGCCAUCUCCUGCCUGAAAUCUUUGGAGAACGGCUGCCAGUCAUUGCAGGUGGGUUAGGUUGCGAAGGCAGCAACUCUCACCCAGCGAGCUUCAUGGCUAAGCAGGGAUUUGCACCCUUGCCCGGUGCUGUAGCCACUACACCGCGCUGCCCUGAAACUGACGGGUGUGUUCUUGUUUUUUAAAAUUUCCGGGGUGUGCCAGUUGCGAGGCUGGAUGAGAAGAACGUCCACACGGAAGCCAUCAAGCGCAAGCACAAGGAGUUCUUGGAAUCUUGGAAUCCGUCCGUGUUUCUCAAAAACCCCUCCAGAGUUGCAGAGGUAACUGGGAGGACACAACUGGGGGGUGGGCAUUAUCCCAGGACAAAUUUAUGUCUGGAUAUUGCUCACUACAAUAUCCGUGGCUCCAUGAAUCCCCUUGGUUACUUUCAGGUUGGGAUAUUAAGUUUCCCACCAUUCUGGCCGUACCGGAUGGGGGAAAAAGGCUCACCUCUUAGCUGAGAUGGCAAAACUGACAUGUUUAAUCAGAGAGAAGUCCUUGCUAACGUUUCUUAAAGAAUGGAAACCUCUCAUGGACUUUUUGCGUGAAAAAGAAAUAACAAUAUCUGGAUUCGAGGAUAUUUCAGGAUUUGUUGAUAGAAAACGGCUUUGUUGGAAGUGAAUAUUGUUUUUACAUAGCGGACAGAUCAAUCAGAAAUUCUUUCUUUUCUGAGUCUUAUUUUUCUAUCUUCAUCUUUUAAACUCUUUCCUAUUUUUUAAAAAAAUUAUUCCUUUUUCUUUCUCUAGUUCUCUCCCCCCCCCCUUUUUGUGUCCUUACGGUAUCUAAAGUCUUUUAUCUAAAGUCUUGGUUUGGUUUAAAAUAAGGGAAAAGAUAUUAAGCUUCAAUUUUUUCUCUGCAAGCCUUAAUAGAAUUUAUCAUCAUCAACCUUUAUUACGGUCCAGAGGCCCAACAAAUCGUUACAAUGCAAUACAUAAUUCAUACAUCCCACCUCCAGGUUAAACAAGCAUUUCGUUCAGAAUAUAAGGAUCAUUGGUUCUUGCAACCACCGAUAAAAACUUGGCCACUGCUAAUGUUCUAGCAUUUGUCCGGUCUUCUAAUAGGAACCUGACAUAGUGAGCCUCUGAUUUUCCCGGAAAAGGUACCAGCAAGGGUAGUAUCAGUUCAGCCCUGGCUUGCUCAUAUUUUGCACAGUGCAACAAAAUAUGUUUUAUGGAAUCGAUGUCUUGAGCACACGAGCAAAGUCUGUCCUGGUAGGGAACUCCUCUCAACCUGCCAUCCAACACUGCAGAAGGAAAGACGUUUAGUCUGGCUUUGGUGAAAAGCCUUCGAUAAUUUGGUACUGUCAGGUUUUUAAUGUAAGAUGUUAACUUAAAGACAUGCCCAUAUUGUACUCCUACUGCCAGCGGACUACAGACUGUGUGUGAUUGAGAUCGCAAGUCACUGUGUGCAUUAUCCCAUAAUCUUUGCUUUAACGUCUUUAGGGCGCCUUCAUAACCCAGGUAAUACAGUUGGGGGGGGGUGACAGACCAAUAGAGGUGGCUUUUUUAGCCAUGGUUUUCUGCUAAUAGAAUUUAUUUUAAGAAAAUGAAAAAAGCAGGGGGCAUCUCUGCACAACCCGCCCCAGUCAACCACACGCCAACAGCAUUCCUCCCUCCCUCCCCUUGUGCUCCAGGUCUUUGGCGUCUACUUCAGCCCAAGAGAGAAGACCGAUUUCAUCCUGACCGCUUUGGAUGGCUUGACGGUGCAGUGCACCACCCAGUGCUGCGCCACCACAGAGGGGCUCCUUGCCAGCAUGGCGAGGCACUGCGGCGCCGAGAUAGAGAAGGUGGGGCAGGUCUGAGGCAGCAGGUGGGCGUCCUGAGGAUGCUGAUUUGGCAGGUGGGGAGUCCUUGCAGUGGCGUAGCGUUGCUUGCCGGGGCCCGGGGCACGGAGGGUGAACGGAGCUCACAGCACCAGCCCAAUCCUCACUGCCACCGCCACCGCAGGAGCAACGCCAGCCCUACGUCGCUUUGCCAAAUGCACAGUGCCCCCUAAAAAAAUGUGUCUCCCCCUCACACUGUACCCCUGAGUCCUUCCUGCAGCGGGGCUGAGCUUUUCUGAACUUCACAAUAGCCACUCCACUGGGUGACUACAACCUACAGAGACCUGCCCAUCACUCAAGACUCUGGCUGAAGGUCUUCUCCUUCUCCUUCUUCUCCUCCACCUUCACUUUUUCUCCUCCUUCUCCUUCCUCCUUCUCCUCCUUACUCUGCCUUCCCCCUCUCCUUCUCCUGCAUCUCCUUCUUCUUCCUCCUGCCCCAUCUCCUUCUCCUCCUUCCUCCUCCUUCCCAAUCUCCUCCUCCCUCCUCCUUCCUCCUCUCCAUCUUUUCCUUCUUCCUCCUUCCCCAUCUACAUUUCCUUCUUCUUCCUCCUUCCCCAUCUCCUUCACCUCCUCCCUCCUCCUUCCCCCUCUCCUUCUCCUCCAUCUUUUCCUUCUUCUUCCUCCUUCCCCAUCUCCUCCUCCUUCUUCCUUCUCCUUCCCCCUCUCCUUCUCCUCCAUCUUUUCCUUCUUCUUCCUCCUUCCCCAUCUCCUCCUCCCUCCUCCUCCUUCUCCCUCUCCUUCUCCUCCUCCCUCCUCCUUCCCCCUCUCCUUCUCCUCCAUCUCCUCCUCCUUCUUCUUCCUCCUUCCCCAUCUCCUUCUCCUUCUUCCUCCUGCUUCUCCCUCUCCUUCUCCCUCCUCCUUCCCCCUCUCCUUCUCCUCCAUCUCCUCCUCCUUCUUCUUCCUCCUUCCCCAUCUCCUUCUCCUCCAUCUUUUCCUUCUUCUUCCUCUCCUUCUCCUCCUCCCUCCUCCUUCCCCCUCUCCUUCUCCUCCAUCUUUUCCUUCUUCUUCCUCCUUCCCCCUCUCCUUCUCCUCCAUCUUUUCCUUCUUCUUCCUCCUGCCCCAUCUCCUUCUCCUCCUUCCUCCUCCUCCCCCCUCUCCUUCUCCUCCAUCUCCUCCUUCUUUCUCCUUCCCCAUCUCCCCCUCCUCCUUCCUCCUCCUUCCUGCCCUCCUACCUCCCAACCCCUUUCCCCUUCCAGGUCUCGGACAUUGUGGAUGGGAUCUGCAGCCGCCUGGACCUGAUCCACCAGCCCAGCGCAAGGAGGCUGGUGAUGAAGCUGGUGGGCUUGCUGGCAGGCAGGACCGAGCACUUGGACACGGUCAUCUCCAGCCUCCUGGAGCAUUCCUUCCCACCAGACAGGUAACAAGUUCCUCGCGUUUCUCCCUUGAGAACCGAACCCUAGGCAGCAAGUCUCUGUCCACAUGGGGAAUCCUGGUGCCUCUGGUUUUUAGCAUGGGUGGUACUCAGCUAGAUGGAUCGGUGGUCAGACUGAGAACAAGACAAUUUCCUAUGUUCAUCAGGUGCAUCCAUAGCUCAGUCCAGGCACCUACUUUGACGAAGGUAUUGGGUUCAAUCUUCAGGGGCAUUUCCAGGUAUGGUUUGGUUUCAGAUUGGAUGUAUUGCGUGGCAAGUUCCCGCCCCCCCCCAGGUGGAAAUAAUGACACAUGACACACUUAUUAAGGUUAAUGGGCUAAAAAAGGCCACAACUUUAUUGGUUACAGGGAUGAGCGGUAUUGGCUUAGGCAUUGGUCCUAACCGACUAUAUCCGACUUCAGCCCGUCCGCUUGAAGUCCAGGAAGGGUUAACCACCAGUAGGGGGAGUCCUGCUGAUGCACAUCAACUAGAAACUCCCCUGGGGUCACCGAUAGGGGGGUUGUCUUAGGCCCUCACCUCCCCAGGCUUCGGACAGGGCCACACACCCCGGAAUCCUUUAUCGGACUACCCUUCAAUAUGUGGGGCAGGUGAUGGCGUUACCUCCCCAUUUUCCAUCUACAGGACUGUCCCAAUGCCUAACCGCCAAUACCCAGAAAGUUGUCACGAUUUGCUACGAGGGAGGCGAAAACCAAGUGGCUGGUGCCAAUUUGCCAAGUAGAAAAAUUCCUACCAGGCCCCUCAACAGCAACCAACCGAGGUCCAUAGCAAGGUCAAAGAAUGAGAACCUUAUAGGACGGGAGGGUGGGAUAUUUUAGGUGAUAUUUUAGGGAGCAGGUGGGACCCACUGCUUACAUCAGGCAUAGGCAAACUCACCCCUCCAGAUGUUUUUGGGACUACAACUUCCAUCAUCCCUGGCCACAGGUCCUGUUAGCUAGGAAUGAUGGGAGUUGUAGUCCCAAAACAUCUGGAGGGCCGAGUUUGCCUAUGCCUGACUUAAAUCAUAGGAGUCGUUUAGUCGUGUCCGACUCUUCGUGACCCCAUGGACCAAAGCACGCCAGGCACUCCUGUCUUCCACUGCCUCCCGCAUUGCUGGUAGUGCUGGCAAACUCAUGCUGGUAGCUUCGAGAAUACUGUCCCACCAUCUCGUCCUCUGUCGUCCCCUUCUCCUUGUGCCCUCCAUCUUUCCCAGCAUCAGGGUCUUUUCCAGGGAGUCUUCUCUUCUCAUGAGGUGGCCAAAGUAUUGGAGCCUCAGCUUCAGGAUCUGUCCUUCCAGUGAGCACUUAGGGCUGAUUUCCUUAAGAAUGGAUAGGUUUGAUCUUCUUGCAGUCCAUGGGACUCUCAAGAGUUUCCUCCAGCACCAUAAUUCAAAAGCCUACACAACACAAAACACUGCUGCUGUGUGUAGGUUUUAUUUUAUUUGUUUUUUAUCUUAUAUUUUGGAAAUGUAAAGGUAAAGGUAAAGGGACCCCUGACCAUCAGGUCCAGUCGUUUCCGACUCUGGGGUUGUGGCGCUCAUCUCACUUUACUGGCCGAACAAUCCAGCGUACAGUUUCCGGGUCACGUGGCCAGCAGGACGAAGCCACUUCUGGCGAACCAGAGCAGCACACGGAAACACCGUUUACCUUCCCUCCAGAGCGGUACCUAUUUAUGUAUUUGCACUUUGACGUGCUUUUGAACUGCUAGGUUGGCAGGAGCAGGGACCGAGCAACGGGAGCUCACUCCGUCGCGGGGAUUCGAACCGCCAACCUUCUGAUCGGCAAGUCCUAGGCUCUGUGGUUUAACCCACAGCGCUACCCGCAUCCCUUAUCACUCUUUAUUUAGAAGCAUACAAAAAAAAAAAGAAAAGAAAAGCCUACAGAAUCUAGCUGCAUGCUUGCAGCUUUCUGUCUCUAACAAAAAUGAAACUACCUUGCUCACAUUCUCAGACAGACUGCUCUCAGCAGCCCCCAGAGAGCACAGAUCAAAGGAAAAUGCCUGGGUCAUGUGACCACUGAACCCCGUGAAUACAAUUUGUCUUCCAGAGUGCCAGUGUUGUCCAGUGGUAAGAGCCAGUCGAACUCGUAAUCUGCAGUGAACAGGAAUCACAGCUCCAGAACUCCUGCACACUGCAGCCAUCCAAGUGACUUUGGUCUAGUCACACUUCCAAUGAAGGAGCUCAGUCCCACAACCUCACGAGGGUGACUGUUGUGCGGACGAUGGCUAAGCAGACUCUGAGCUGCUCAGAAAGUUCUUCGCGUGAUAAUCGGAAUCAAAUCAAACUACUCCUACUGCUACUACUCUGCUAAGUCUUCUUCUUCUUCUUCUUCUUCUUCUUCUUCUUCUUCUUCUUCUUCUUCUUCUUCCUGGAGUGUUAACUGUCCAGAACCACAACAGGGAGCAAGCUUGUGGUUCUGGACAGUGCACUCCGGAGGAAGAAGAGAAGACAGCUGAGGAGGAGCAGGAGUUUGACUUGAUAUCCGUUAUCACUACCGGAAGGAGAUCUCGAUUAUUAGCGAAGAACUUUCUGACAGUCAGAGCUGCCUCGACAGUGGAACAGUCUCCUCGUGAGGUGAGUGGACUGCGACCUUCAUUGAGAAGUGUGAUUAGACCAAAGUCACUUAGCAUGGCUGCAGGUGGCAGGAGUUCUGGAGCUGUGAUUCCUGUUCACUAGCAUAAGGAGUUGGACUGGCUCUUAACCACUACACCACACUGGCACUCUGGAAGACAUUAUGUAUUCACUGGGUUUAGUGGUCUGCAUUACCCAGGACAUCCUUCCUUGCCUCUGUGUCUCUUGGGCUGCUGAGCGCAGUCUGUCUGAGAAUGUGAGCCAGGUAGUUUCAUGUAUAUGUUAGAGACAGAAGCUGCAAGCAUGCAGCCCGAUUCUGUAGGCUUUCCCAAGCUUUUAAAGGAAAUACUCCUAGAUGUACAUGUCGAUAAGGGAUGCAGGUGGCUCUGUGGUUUAACCCACAGAGCCUAGGACUUGCCGAUCAGAAGGUUGGCGGUUCGAAUCCCCGCGACAGGGUGAGCUCCCGUUGCUCGGUCCCUGCUCCUGCCAACCUAGCAGUUCAAAAGCACGUCAAAGUGCAAGUAGAUAAAUAGGUACCACUCUGGAGGGAAGGUAAACGGUGUUUCCGUGUGCUGCUCUGGUUCGCCAGAAGCGGCUUCGUCCUGCUGGCCACGUGACCCGGAAACUGUACGCUGGAUUCUUCGGCCAGUAAAGUGAGAUGAGCGCCACAACCCCAGAGUCAGUCACGACUGGACCUAAUGGUCAGGGGUCCCUUUACCUUUACCUAAAUAAAGAGUGAUAGAUUAGAAGCACUGGUGUCGAGCUGAGUUAUCGAAGACACCAUACAGACACAGACAAACCCAUUUUACGCUGCUUGUGAACUCUGCCACUAUCCGACAACUGAUAAGAGAGGCGGCGCGUGAGUGGAAGUGUGUGGGCGCCAUUGAAGAUUGGCAGAGUGCCAAUAAAUCAGAUUUAUUGCAGUGCCAUUGCAGCAGACUCCAUGGGAUUUACGACCCACAAACUUUAACACUCCCUCUUCUGUGUGACACCCCUGUAGGUAGUUGAAUAUGGCUCUCCUAUCUCCUCUCAGUCUCCUCUUUCUCAGGCUAAACAUACCCAACUCCUUCAACCGUUCCUCAUCAGGCUUCGUUUCCAGACCCUUGAUCACCUUGGCCGCCCUCCUCUGCCCACCUUCCAGCUUCUCAGCAUCCUUCUUAAAUUGUGGUGCCCAGAACUGGACACAGGACUCCAGGUUGGGGGUCCGACCAAGGCAGAGCAGAGUGGGACGACAAGACACGUUUCAGAGGCCCUCAGCCAUUGAUGUUGCUCCAUCCUCUUUUGGCCCUUUGCAGCAAUUCGUCUGAGUUGUGGCAGUCCCUCUCUACCGAGGAAGUCGUGGAGGAGCAGCUGAUGGAGAAUUUGCUGGCCAGGCUUCAGGACCACCACAGCACUGAGCUGCAGACCUCCGCAGCCUCUAUUGCCGUGAGUCUUGCCAUAUCUUUGGAGAUAACAGAGCUACGGGUCUCUCUGAACAUCACCCGCUCUAAAAGGCCAUCAAUAGUUAAAAGCCAAAGGCCUGGUUAACAAGAAAGGUUUUUCCCUGGCACAUAAUGCUAUAUAAUGACGGUGCCAGGCAAGCCUCCCUGGGGAGAGUGUUCCAUAAGCAGGGAGCCAAUACCAAAAAGGCCCCAUUCUCGUCUUGCCACCGUCUGAGCUGACCUGGGCAGAAUGAAGAUUGGGAUCUGAUUGGCAGAUCUCUGGGUGAUUGGUAAAAGUUCCCAGUUCCCCAUUUUUAAACUAAAGGACUGCCCUCAGUUACACUAAGAAUAUUAGGCAGCCACCCUCGCUAGAUUGCUUUAGAUAGCCUGCUGAAAAGGAUUUAUUUUUCCAGCAAGCCAAUCAAGGCAUAUAAUUUUAUUACUUACAUCUGUUUUUAAAUAUUUAUUAGUUUUGUAUUUGCUUUUAAUGACAGUGGUUCUGUAUAUAUUUUGUUUAGCUGUGAGUGUUCAUUUCUUAAGCUUAUUUUAUAUUUAGUGACAAUUUGUGCAUUUCAGGGGGUUGGACUAGAUGACCCCGGGGGGGUCUCUUGCAACUCUACAGUUCUAUGAUUCUAACUCAGGAAGCUGCCUGUCAAAGCAUUUGUUUAUAUGUUUGUGUGUGUUUGUUCAAUGAUGAUCUUAUACACUGUUUUUCAUUGGACUGUGGGUUUUAGUCGUGUUUCAUCUCCCGUUUUAUUUGCAAUCCGAUUGGAGAGAUUUUUGAUCAAGCAGUUUAUAAAUCAAAAUAAAUCAAUACUACUGAAUUGAAGAAAGGGAGGUGGUGGUAACCAGGAGGCACAUCUUGUGUGGAAGGACUGGAUGUCCCAUUUAGUCAAGAAACAGAUUCCUGGACUUCUUUAAUUGAAGGCGUCGCGUCUUUCCCACCAAGGUCCCUGACACAAGAGAGAAUUGUCCUCACGGCCUCCCCACCCACUCUUUUCUCCUGCCUCCCCUUUCAGAUCACGCAGGCUCUCUACGAGCUCAUCUUGGUGCCUGAAUCCAAGUAAACUGGCAAAAAUGUAUAAAUUUAAAUCAAACAAGUGCUGGAAAUGUAAAGAGAAAGAAGGUUCUUUUUAUCAUAUGUGGUGGUCUUGUAGUAAGGUUAAAGCUUAUUGAGAAAUGAUAUAUAAUGAAUUGAAAAGGAUGUUCAAAAUAACUUUGAUUAAAAAAACCAGAAGCUUUCCUUUUGGGAAUUAUAGGGACAGAACUACCUAAAUUGUACAGAAACGUAUUCAUGUAUGCUAUUACAGCAGCAAGAAUUUUCACUUGCCCCAAAAUGGAAUAAGCAGAAGUCCCAAUAAAGGAAGAGUGGAUAAAAAAACACAUGGAAUAUGCAGAGAUGGCGAAACUUACCAGAAGGAUAAGAAACCAAGAUAACAAACUUCUUAUAAAAGAAUGGAAAUUGUUUAUUGAAUCUUUACAGAUAAAUUCUAAACAGAUAAAAACAUGGGCAGGAUUAAUGUAAUAACCUGCAGUUUUAUAAGAGUAUAUAUUUAAAGCAGAUGGAUACAUGAGCAAGUUGGGUAUGCAGAAGAUAUUAAAAAAUUAAAUUAAGCAACUGCAGAAAGAGGGGGAAGGAAGUCAAAGUUUGGAAAUGUUAAAUUGAUUGUAAAAUUAAUGAAAUGUAUAAAUUUGAAAAAUAUAAAUAAAAAACUACAGUGCCUGCUCGGGUUGCGAAUAUGAUCCGUGCAGGAGGCACGUUCGCAACCCGCAGCGUCCGCAACCUGCAGUGCCGCGUCUGCGCAUGUGCGGGUAGCAAUUCGGUGCUUCUGUGCAUGCACAAAGCACGAUUUAGCGCUUCUGCACAUGCGCGACCGCCAAAACCCGGAAGUAACCCGUUCCGGUACUUCUGAGUUUUGGCGGGUCCAUAACCUGAAAAAAUGCAACCUGAAGCGUCUGUAACCUGAGGUAUGACUGUAUUUUAAAAAGACAUGAGAGAAUUGUCCUCAAAGCCUCCCCACCCACUGUUUUCUCUCCUCCCCAAUCAGAUCACUCAGGCUCUCUACGAAGUGAUCUCGGUGCCUGAAUCUAAAGACACCAUCCAGAGACUUUAUCCAGACCUUCUGACUGCUCUGCUCAUCGAACUCUACUUCAGCAAUCAGGCCGAAGCUCUGCCAGAUAUGAAUUUCCUCCGGAAGCAAUGUGGUCGUGGGGAAAACCUCGCGAGGUGGGUACCUUGGUUGCCCGGCGAGGGCAUUCAGUGUCAGGAGUUCAGCCUACACUCGAGUAGGACCCUGGCAGAGACACAUGCCCAACUGGCAUGUUCGCUCCCUCCUGGUUGAUCGUUCAGGAGCUUCCAAAGCUUUCUUCAGCUGAAAAUCACAGUGACCAAUGCCAACCAACAUCGGCACACUUAGGGAUCCGCAGAGUUUGCACAGCUUUGUGUAACAGACCUCAGCAACUCAGCAUUUUGGCUAAUCUACUUUAUUUACGUAUAAACACACAUGGAGCACUGCAACAUGGCUCCCUCUCUCUCUAGCACCAGACAGCAAAGAGAGAAAGAACAAAGGACAAUAGUCCCACUUCAUGGAACACAGUAACACAAACAUCCUGUCUCCGUCACUUCCCACUCUGUGGAGUCAAAACAUACACCGUUAUGUGAAAGACAACAAUCCCAUGACUGCAAUCAUGGAGCAGGAAUUCUAACAUUCAGAUUAGCAAAUGUCGCUUUUUAACCUGAAAGGGUUAAAAGAGUAUUGGGAAAUAAUUUAUAACAAAUUGAAAAAAAAAUGUUUAAAAGUACUUUUCCAAAGAAACCCAGAGUCCUUUCUGUUGGGAUAAUUCAGACUGAAAUUCCCAGGUGUCAAAAACAGACUAUUUAUGUAUGCCACUACCACGGCCCAUGUUUUGUUAGCCCCAAAAUUGAAAACAAGUGAGGUCCCAACCAAAGAAGAAUGGCAACUUAAGCUGACAGAAUAUGCGCAGCUCGCAGACUUAACAUAUAGAAUAAGAGAACAAGAAGAAGAUACAUUCAGAGAAGACUGGAAAGCAUUUAUUGACUAUAUGGGUGGAAAUUGUGUAUGUUUGAAAAUGUGGGCAGCGUUAAGAUAAAUUCAACAGUGUAAACAAGUUUUGAUGGAUGUGAUAAUGGAAAUUUAGUUUAUGUAAAAUAUGCAGUGAUUUGUGUUAUGUAAAACGAACCAUGGAAAGAGAAGGAGGGAAGUCAUUAAUAUUUUAAGGUUGCUUAAAUGAAUAUUCUAAAAUGCAUAAUAGAAGAACUUAAUAAAAGUUAUAUAUUUUUUAAAAAGAUUAAGAAAUGUAACCUGGUUAGUCUCUCUGCAGUCUGAUAGCUAUCCAUUUUGUUAUAACACAGAGCUGGGCUUUUUCACUGGUAGCCCCAUGGUUAUGGAACAUGCUCCCUGCUGAAAUAAGAGAGGCAUCCAUCUGCAUUGGCAUACCGCCGGCUUCUGAAGACAGGCUUGCUUACCCAGGCAUUGCCUUGAUCUCUCAACCCACUCAAGUGUUAAAAUAUAAGCCAGGCACCUAUGUCGCUGGGCACCCACAGUCUGAGGCCUGACCCGGGUCCUCUGCUAGUGGGUGACAAGAAGAGAAUGCUAGAACUCGUAAACAUCUGUAUGUUGGAAAAUUCAGGACGGUUAAAAGCACUUGUUCAUGCAGCACAUAGUUAACUCCCACAGGAGGCAGUGAUGACCAACAACCUGGAUGACUUUAAAAGGGGAUUAGACAAAUUCAUGGAGGGCUUUGGGGGGCUAUUAGCCAGGAAGGCUCUGCUCUGCCCUCCCGCCUUGGAGGCAGCGAUGCUUCUGGAUCCCCGUUGCUGGAAACCGCAGGAGGGGAGAGCUGCUCUUAUGUUCGAAUCCUGCUUGCGGGUUUCCCACAGGGAUCUGGUUGGCCUCUGUGGGAACAGAUUAGAUGGGCCAUUGGCCAGAUCCAGCAAGCCCUUAUGUUCUAACAUUAUUCUGAAAGUGACUUCUCCAUUUCUACCCAGACUAAUAUUACCGUAUUUUUCGUUCCAUAAGACGUACCUGACCAUAAGGCGCACCUAGUUUUUAGAGGAGGAAAACAAGAAAAAAUAUUCUGAACGAAACAGUGGGUGUAUGAUUUUUGUGGUUCAUGCUGUGGCCACAGACAUGUGAUCUGAUGGUGAAUUUGGGGUGACCCAAUGCAAAAAUCCUGAGGAUCCAUGUGGAUCCGUGCUUUGUAACCACGUUUUUGCACCAUUGCAGUCCCAGGAAACAGUGGAUGUGUGGUUUUUUUGGUGCAGGCUGUAGCCAUGGACAUGUUAUGUGAUCUGAUGGUGAAUUUGGGGUGACCCAAUGUAAAAAUCCUGAGGAUCCAUGGGCUUUUACCUCCCCCGUCCCAGGAAGCCUCCACUAGCGUCCCUUAUCUCUCUCCCGAUACCACCGAUCAGCUGUUUCCUUUCCACACUCCCUUCCCUCUUGUUUGCCUUAGUGUCUUUUCCUUAGCUGGAGCAGUUUUUUGCUCCUCCUUUUCUUCUAAUUUCUCUCCUUAUUGCAUUAAUCUUCCUGUCCCCUCCCCCUUUGCAAGUUUGCUGUCUUUACCUCCCCCCUCCCAGGCAGCCUCCUUUAUCUCUAGCAUCCCUUAUUUCUCUCCCCAAUUGGCAAACGAUCAGUGGCUUUAUUUCAACACCCCCUUCCCUCUCUUUCUCAAAAAAAGCAUAAUCUGCUUUUUGCCGCUGGGCAAUUCAACUCCAGGGACCACGCAUUCGCUCAGAGGCACAGACAUUUCCCCUUACUUUUUAGAAAGAAAAAAAGUGCGUCUUAUGGAGUGAAAAAUACGGUAUUAUUAUUAUCACCAUCAUCAACAACAUUUAUGUAUUGCUUGCUAUGAAUUAUGUCAAGGCGAUUUCACAAUGCAAUAAAGACAUGCACAAAACAAUAGCAGGUAUAAAAACAGUUAAAACCAUUAAGAGGAGCCUGCUGGGUCAGGCCAAAUGCCUAUCUGGCUGAGCAUCCUCAUGGCCUGAUUCUGCAGAGCUUCACUUAUGUCCUUAUGUAACCAGGCCAUCCUCUUGGCUUAGCUUUUCAGCAGAGGCCCUCAAGUUGCUCCUGAUUCGCACUGGCUGCCGCUACGAGGUCACGUUCAUGGAGAGGACGCGGGGCUGGAGCAUGCUGCAGAGUGCCAGGGAAGUGCUCCAGGGGGCCACGCUGCUGGCAAGGUGAGGGCCCUGCUGUUCCGUCCACUUCGCCCCUGGCCAAGGAGAGGCGCCCGCCGGCUCCCACACUGCCACGCUGGCUCUGCCGUUUCGAAAACCGUCACAGCUCUUCUCCAAGGGAGCCUAGGCCCUGGGCCCAGAAGGCUUCAGGGAAUCAGCUCCACCCCCCCCCCCGGGGGCAGUAGAUAAGCAAACAAAAGAAAAGGAGUCUUCUUACCAGUUAGAAACUUUAAUAAUCACAGCGAGAGAACAGGGAGUCUUCUCUUCUCAUGAGGUGGCCAAAGUCUUGGAGCCUCAGCUUCAGGAUCUGUCCUUCCAGUGAGCACUCAGGGCUGAUUUCCUUCGGAAUGGAUCGGUUUGAUCUUCUUGCAGUCCAUGGGACUCUCAAGAGUCUCCUCCAGCACCAUAAUUCAAAAGCAUCCAUUCUUCGGCGAUCAGCCUUCUUUAUAGCCCAGCUCUCACUUCCAUACAUCACUACUGGGAAAACCAUAGCUUUAACUAUACGGACCUUUGUUGGCAAGGUGAUGUCUCUGCUUUUUAAGAUGCUAUCUAGGUUUGUCAUUGCUUUUCUGCCAAGGAGCAGGCGUCUUUUAAUUUCGUGACUGCUGUCAUCAUCUGCAGUGAUCAUGGAGCCCAAGACAGUAAAAUCUCUCACUGCCUCCAUUUCUUCCCCUUCUAUUUGCCAGGAGGUGAUGGGCCCAGUGGCCAUGAUCUUCACUUUUUUGAUGUUGAGCUUCAGACCAUUGGCAAGAUGGUCUGCUGCAAUUUGCAUCUUAGUUUCUUCAGGUUUUAUCCUUCUUGAACCCACAUGGAUUCAAACUUAGAAACCAAUCAGUUCUUUGGAUUAAUUAGCAAUUUGCCAAUGGUUACGUGGAGGAAGAAUAACUCAGGCUUGUUAGCUGAAUUCUGUUUAUCAAAAGGGCCUUGAAGAUUAAAGCAUUCCCAGAGACAGACCAAAUUCUUUGAGUUGUAAAUUAGCCAGUUAACCCUCUCACACUGAAUCUACGUCCCAGAAACCCAGGUGUCAAAACCACAAAUCAGCUAGAAACUUUCUUCCUGUGAAGGGAAAGAGAUAACCCCGUUCACACUUUUAAAGUCAGUAAUUGAGACCCAGAUACGCAUUCCCAACAUUCUACAGUCUUUGGUUCUCCCAGCAUGCUCCUCUUCUACAUGAACCAAAGUUUUUAACCUACUGAGAUUUCCCAAUAUCACAACAAGAGGGGAGCUGCAUUAUUCAGCUGCGGCCGCCUCGCAGGGGUGGCGUCACCCUCCUUCCUUGUAACAACAUGGCGCCUUCCCCCUGGUGUCUUCCAGAGCCAUGCUGCACUUUGCUUGCCCCGAGACCAUGAGAAUCUUGGACAUGAUGUUCUCUCUGCUCAGCAAAGGCAGUAAGAAACUCAAGCCGACCACCAUUGCUUUCUUCGUAGAGGUAAGAGAUGCUCAGGACAGGUAGAGCGACCACCUGGGACCAGGUGACCUGAGAGGAUGCCUUCUCCCAUACAGGGCCAGGUGGGGAAACAGAGCCGUCUUUCCUGUUGGGCUUACUGGUGCGUUGCGCCAGGGCGCUGGCUUCUCAGGGGAGCCCCAGCGAAUGGGGGAGCUGUGUGGCUUUGCCCUUUCCCUGCAUGCCCGCCAUCUGUGCCCCAUCAACCAUAUGGCUGGCGGGCGUGCAGCUUGCCUCCCAAGCCUCCACAGAAGUAAUAAUAAUAAUAUUUUUUUAUUUGUACCCCGCCCAUCUGGCUGGGUUUCCCCAGCCACUCUGGGCGGCUUCCAACAAAUAUUAAAAAUACAUUAAAAUGUCACACAUUAAAAACUUCCCUAAACAGGGCUGCCUUCAGAUGUCUUCUAAAUGUCAGGUAGUUGUUCUUCUCUUUGACAUCUGACGGGAGGGCAUUCCACAGGGAGGGCGCCACUACCGAGAAGGCCCUCUGCCUGGUUCCCUGUAGCUUUUCUUCUCGUAAUGAGGGAACCGUCAGAAGGCCCUCGGAGCUGGACCUCAGCGUCCGGGCAGAACGAUGGAGGUGGAGACGCUUCUGGGUCUACUGGGCCGAGGCCGUUUAGGGCUUUAAAGUCAACACCAACACUUUGAAUUGUGCUCGGAAACGUACUGGGAGCCAAUGUAGGUCUUUCAAGACCGGUGUUAUGUGGUCUUGGCGGCUGCCCCCAGUCACCAGUCUAGCUGCCACAUUCUGGAUUAAUUGUAGUUUCUAGGUCACCUUCAAAGGUAGUCCCACACAGAGCACAUGGCAGCAGUCCCAGCGGGAGAUAACUAGAGCAUGCACCACUCUGGGGAGACAGUCUGCGGGCAGGGAGGGUCUCAUCCUGCGUACCAGAUGGAGCUGAUAAACAGCUGCCCUGGACACAGAAUUGACCUGCGCCUCCAUGGACAGCUGUGAGUCCAAAAUGACUCCCAGGCUGCGCACCUGGUCCUUCGGGGGCACAGUUACCCCAUUCAGGACCAGGAGGAGAGCGAUCCCCGCAGAAGCUUAGGAUGGAAGCUGUGCCCCAAAGGCCAUCGUUCAGGGCUGGAGCAUCUUCUUGGCAUGCAGAACCUCUCUGGGUUCAAUCCCUGGGAAGGGCUGGAAAGAUUCUGGUCUGAAACCCUCAGACGCCUUCUCUGAGCCUAUCCUACCCGUCCGGUUUGUUGUAGAGACUGAAUGAGCAGUGGGAGAACCUCACACACACACCUUGAUUUCCCUGGGGAGAGAGGUGGAAUAAAAAUGCACACGGCAUGUGCUUUUAAAUUUGCAGUGAGGAGAACGUCACCUAGCAAGUUUGAAGCAAAGGAGAGACUGAACCGUGGUCUUCCUUCCCUCUUCACAGGCAACCCCAUUCGGAGUCUGUGUGUUUAAGGGGUUAAAGACAUUUUAAUUUUUGGAAGCUAUUUUGAUUCCUCCUGUAAGAAAUGCUGUGGGGGCGGGGAAGAGAAAGACUGUAUCCUAAGGAUGAGCUCAGCUCAUCGAUUUAAAAGACAUUUAAAUCGAAUGGAAUUAAAUGUAACGGACUAAUGAGUUAUCUAAAUGGUUAAUUAUGAUGUGAGUCCUUAGUUGAUUAAGGACUGUUUAAACAGCAGGCCGGCCUAAUGAAUUGGUUGAGGAUUUAUUUAUUUUUUAAUUUGCUUGCCUCUUUAUCCUUCCAAUCUUGCACCCAUGCAUGCAGCUCAGCCAACCUAAGUAAACAUGUAAUAAAGAUAUUGUACGGUAAAGGGUUAAGACAUGACUUCCCACGUGCAUGUUUGCGCUAAAGGCAGGUCCUGGGUCUGAAAAGGUAGAAAACUCCUGCCCUAAACCACCUUGUUAUUUUGCACACAAUGAGAAGCAGCUGGGAGGAGAGUUCAGGGAUAGUUUUUUUAAAAAAUAAAUAAAUAAUAAUGUUGUAAUUUGUGUGCCCUUGUUUCUCAACUUAAUCCUUUUACAUCGUCUUGCAUGACUUGUCGAAUUUUAUGCAUUGUGAUUUGCUGCUGUUUUUAUCUAUUAUGGAUGAGUAAUUCUUUAUUGUAAUUGAUAACUGUCUAAUUAUUACUAGCUGAUGUUUCAUUUUAGUGUUUACUGUUGGAUUAUUGCAUAUUGCUGUAUUUGGUAUACGUUGUUUAUUUCAAAGUUAUUGUGACCUAUUUUAUGCAGGAUCUGAUUGUUACUAUUAAUGUUUGAUGUAUUCUUAUUAUUUUUGUGUGCUGGAAGCUGCCCAGAGUAGCUGGGUAUAAUAAUAAUAAUAAUAAUAAUAAUAAUAAUAAUAAUAAUAAACACACACACACAGCAUUUUGGAGACUUAAUGCGGACGUUUUUAUGGCUGUUGGCCCUGCUCAUCUAGGCAAGCUCCAUCUCAGGGAAAGAGGUGGUCGCAUCCUGCCCGUUCCUCUCUCACGUGGCCGAUGGUCCUUUCUUGUUCCUCAGCUUCUCCACUACCAGGAGAUUGAGCAGCUGCCGGCGGACCAGAUCUUUGAGAGUCUUGAGGAGUGGACCAGGAACCCCAGCCCAGACGUCCGUUCCCUUGGCCUGAGAGCUCUGGGCAUCUUAGCCAUCCACCCUGAUAAGGUGAGGAAGGAGGGGGCAGGGACAACCCCUCUGUUCUCUCACAUGAAUCAUGGGAAUUGUGGAGUUGAAAAUGUACCAUAUUUUUCGCUCUAUAGGACGCGCCCGACCAUAGGACUCACCUUGUUUUAGAGGGGGAGAACAAGAAAAAAAAUUCUCCCCCUCUCUGCUCAGCGCCCCUUCAGCGAAGCGGCAGGAGAAACAGAGAAGGGGCGCUGCGCAGAGAGGGGGAGAUUUUUUUCCCCUUGUUCUCCCCCUCUAAAACAAGGAGCAUUCUGUGCGUUCAAGGUGCGUUCACCCAAAGCCUGCGGAGCGCAGCGGAAACUUGCGCUGCGCUCCGAAGGCUUCAGCGAAAGCAACGCAAAGCCUCCGGAGUGUGGAGGGAGCGCUCCCUCUGGGCUUCGGAGGCUUCGCGUUGCUAUCGCUGAAGCCAAGGAGCCUGCAUUCGCUCCACAGGAUGCACACACAUUUCCCCUUAAUUUUUGGAGUGGAAAAAGUGCGUCCUAUAGAGCGAAAAAUACAGUAACCACAGCCUUUCUGUACCAGGCCAGAGAGAUAUCAAGUGCAUGAGAUGCCGCCUUCUGCAGGAAGGCUGGUGGCGACAGGUUGAAAGUGCCUUUUCUGCAACGGUGUCCCACCUGCGGAACUCCCUGCCACUGCCUCUUUAUCUGCUUUCCAUCCACAGUUGAGAAUAUUGCUCUCUAAACAAGUUUUCUGCUUAGGGCAUUGAUCCCCAAUUAUCUUCUUUGUGCUUUGGUCUUUCCCUGCUGUUUUUCUGCUCGACAAUUUGUGAUCUUGGCGAAUGGAUCGUGGCCCCUUUCCUGCUUGCUCUCCUUGUCUCGCAAGCCACUUUCAGCAGCUCCAUCACGGAGAGGGGAAGCAGGGCAUAAUUUUAAAAAAGUAAAGGACCCCUCACAGUUAAGUCCAGUCGCGAACGACUCUGGGGUUGUGGCGCUCAUCUCGCUUUACUGGCCGAGGGAGCUGGUGUUUAGCCACUCCGCAGACAGUUUUUCCAGGUCAUGUGGCCAGCAUGACUAAACCGCUUCUGGCGAAACCAGAGCAGCGCACGGAAAUGCUGUUUACCUUCCCGCUGGAGCAGUGCUUAUUUAUCUACUUGCACUUUGUGCUUUCGAACUGCUAGGUUGGCAGGAGCUGGGACCAAGCAACGGGAGCUCACCCUGUCGCAGGGAUUCAAACCGCCGACCUUCCACACUCACACUGGUCCUUAUUAUCCUUCCUCACUCAUGCUAGUGAGCUGGUAGCAGAGCACAUUCCCCUAUAUAUUGCAGGAAGCAAUCUGGUAGAUUCGUUUGAAUCUCUUGAGUUAAGCAAUCCAGUCUGGCGGCUGCUGCUGCUGCUGCUGCUGCUGCUGCUGCUGCUGCUGCUUCUUCUUCUUCUUCUUCUUCUUCUUCUUCUUCUUCUUCUUCUUCUUCUAUUAAAUUCCCAUUUAAUCCCUCUUUAAAAGAAUAAAGACACAACAGUCUUCUCUUAAAAGUAACAAGAAAUUUACUUACAUUCAGUUCACAAUUCGAUCUGGAAAGCAGGCUUUAGCUUGUAGUUACAGAAGAGAGUUUGAGUCCAUCCCAUAUGGUAGGGGUGGCCAACUCUCAAGAGACUGCGAUCAACUUUCAGAAUUAAAAACUGGCAGUGAUCUACCCCCGUUUUGGUGGUGGGUUCAGCUCAAAGUUGUUGAGCCUUUUUUAGGGAAGAGAGGAGCCCCGUUUUUGGGGAAGUUAAAAAAAUAACCUUUUGGGGGGGGAAAGUUCUAUUGGGGGGUUAAAGGCAAGGGACAAAGGGGUAAAGUCACUAACAAAAAGAUUGUUGUGGAUCAAAACAGCAGCACAGAGAAAUCUCCAUCUUCCCUUCCAGAAAUCAUACAACAAUGGAGGGCGGGACGAGGGGGUGGGGCAGGAGUCAGUUUUAGCGACAUUAAGGAAAGGGAGCCAGAGAUUGACCACGAUCUACCAAAACCUCAUGGGGAUCUACCAGUAGAUCACGACCGACCUGUUGGACAUCCCUGCCAUACGGGAAUGAGCCUAUGUACUGCUGGCUGAGAGCCAGCAGACAGCAAAAGGAAUCAAGAUGGAAUAAAGCGAGGAAGAAGGGAAGAUGGCUGCAGGAACAGCCCUUUUAUGGGGUCUCCCAGGGUCAUGUCCAUCUACCUGGUCACAUGUGGGGGGGAGGGUGCUCCAGACCAGGUGUGACAGGAAGUCCUCCUGGCUGGAGCAACAUUCCCCUGUGUGUCCACUCUGGGCAAACAAGAAGUGUUGUACUUGUCUGCUACACUGAUGACACACCCCACAUUAUCUAGAGACCCAAGAGUCAGCUUUCUGUCCAGAAGAAGCUUGGGGAAGGGAGUGAUGUUCAUCUGCUUCCUGUUUGCAGGUGGAGGAGGUCAAGACCCUCAUGCCAACGCUCUUGGGCAGCUUGGAAGAGGCAGACGGUGUGGUUGUCGCUGAGGGCAUCACGGCCAUCCAGAACCUUUUGAAGUUCAUGCAGAGGAGCGACAUUGUCAGCCUGGCUGAGAAGCUGCUUCCUUUGUUCAGCAACGUAAGAAUUUGGGGGAGGUUACUUUCCAAUCCGCGGUGUGCCUCCCACCGCCCUGUGACCCCAGAACUCUCCCAUCGUGGUCCCAUCGUGCCCCCUACUUCUGUUUUCAGGGCUCCCUGUGCCCCCUUCUCCCUCCAAUCCCUGGUGGCUUGGCUAUGUCCCCUCCAUUAGCCCUGAAAAUGGAGAGGCUGGAUCAGUGCGAGACCCAUAAGGUGCGGGAACGUUGUGGGUAACAGGAGAGGAUAUGUUGAUUAAUAUUAUCCUUCCUAACUCGCACUAGCAAGUAGCAGAGUGCAUUCCCCUAUUACAUAGCCGGAAGCUGGUUGCAGACUCGCGUGAGUCUCUUGAAACAAUAAGCAGUUCAAUCUGGCUUGCCCAGACUGGGAUAUGUUCCUGGUAAUAUCCCUUGGAUCCUGAAAUAUACUUGGAGUCAAGAGUAGAUUUCAUGCUCUUUAUUCAGCUCAUAGUGGCGAGGAGAAAUGGAAGUUCCCCCAAAAUAUCUGCUUUAUAUACAUUAUUUACACAAUGGGCUGCACGUGAUUGGCUAAUUCUGGGAUUCUCCUGUAGGCCAAUCAGGUUGUGGAUUCACUUCCACCUAGAGCUGGAUUGGGUGGUUCCUGCAGACCAAUCAGACUGCUGCACUGUUCUAGGAUCAAUCAGACUGCUGCAUUUUGGAUCCUAUUCAACUCAGUACAUAACAAAACCCUAAAAGAAUAAAGACACAACAGUCUUGUUCAUAAGUAACAAAAAGAAGUUUACUCACGAUCAGGCAGAGCACAGUGUGAUUGAUCCCUGAAGGCAGGCUUUAGGCUUAAGGUUGCAAAUAUGUACAAAUAGGUUUACCCCAUAUGAGAGAUAAACCAGGGACUGCUGGCUGAGAGAGCCAGCAGUGCGGUCCAGGUGAAGCAGAAAGCAGGCAGGACGAAAAAGAAGGGAAGAUGGCUACAUGACUUGGCCUUUUACCAGAUCUGGAAAGGUCACACUCACCUACCGGUCACAUGCAAAGGAAGGAUGCUCCAGCCAGGUGUAACAGGAAGCUUGACUGGCUGGACCAACAUCCCCUGCAUGUCCACUCUAGCAAAACAAGGAAUGUUGUACUUGACUGCCCCAGUGGAUUACAUCCCGCGUAAAGCCGGGCUGGGGAAUGGGUUGAGGGCAAGGGUGGGAAGAGGGCAGAGCUAAACUCCGCCCCUGCUCAAAGAUCUGGGCAGUGGGGGUCAAAUAAUGAGGUUCAGAUGGUUGGUCAGUGAGGGUGAAAUGUAGGAAUUGAAGGCUGGAGACAUGGUCAGUGUUAUGCACUGAGCUGAAUCUUAGCUCAAUAGGAUCCAGAAUGCAGCAGUCUGAUUGGUCCGCAGGAGCCACCCAAUCCAGCUCCAGGUGGAAGUGAAUCAGCAACCUGAUUGGCCUGCAGGAGCAUCCAAUCAGGCUUCUGGAAGAAGUGAAUCUGCAACCUGAUUGGCCUGCAGGAGCAGCCUGGAAUUAGCCAAUCAUGCGGGGCCCAUUGUGUAAAUAAUGUGUAUAUAUAGCUAGACAUUUUGGGAAAAGUUUCAUUCAUUGCUACUACGAGCUGAAUAAAGAGCGUGAAAUUUAUUAAGCAGUGGGUGAACAAAGCAGACAACACAGAGAUUUCUCCAAGUAGUUCUUUAUUAGUAAGCUGGAACUGAACUGAACUGAACUCAGCUGGCCUGCUUUUAUAGGCAGCCAGCUGUCAACAUUGUAACAAUAACAGCCCAGGGUUUCCUGCCUAAAUUAACUUAUGUGGACCUGAGUGAAAACUCUAUACACAACACCCCCUGGUGGCCAGGGUGAGAACUUCAACACAUAACAAAAUUCACACUCGACUCCGGGUACAUUUCAGUCAGCAAGGGCUAGGGGCAGUCAGAGUGGCAGGUUUCUCCCUUCUCAAGGCUUGUGGGACCUCCCCAUUUGAUCAACCCAUGCUUUCAGCCAAGCUCUGAAGUUUGAAGACUCACCCACAUGAAGCAGCCUCUGUUGCCCACAGGCAGAGGCCAGGACCCGCAAUUCCGCCAUUGCCCUGUUUGCUGAGCUGCCCAACGUAGUCAAGAAGAAGGAGAAGUACCUCAUCCAAGAGCAGGUGACCCAGAGUCUGCUCCCGCUGCUCCUCCACCUGCAAGACGAGGAGCCCGAGGUGGUGAAGGUGAGUCAGGAACAGAGGAUGCAGUUGCCUUACCCUGAGUCAGGACCUUGGGUCAUAGCUGUCAACCGUCUCUUAUUUGGCGGGAAACUCCCUUAUCCCAGCGCCGUGUCCCCGCUGCUGUCCCUGCUGUAGUGGUAGACUAGCAUAGAUGGUCUGAUCUGCGGGUUUACUUCAGGCGCUAUCUCCACCCCCCUUCCUCCCGCCCCGCCUGAUGGAACUGAGAGCUGCAGAUGGAGCACGAGAGAAAAGAUACAGAACUGCAGCAGCAUCUUCGUAGCUUGGACUUUGUUUUGCGCAAAAAGUGGUUGCUGCUUGUAGUUAUUUCAUUGCAGUGUUUCAUCAGCUGGUGUCUUGAGCAGCAACCUCUGGAAACGAAGGGCUAAAAACCGGCGCUGCUCUCCAAAAUAAUCUGGUCCCUUUUAACUUCGCGCUUCAGCUGGUUGACAAAAAUCCCUUAUUUUGGCUGCUGAUCCCUUAUUUCCGAGGCUGCUGGUCCCUUAUUUUCAAAUCUGUAAGUUGACAGCUAUGCCUUGGGUCCAUCUAGUUCAGUAAUGUCUGCACUGACUGGCAGCAGCUGUCUUAAGAUCUCAAACAGGGGACAUUCCUAGUCCGACCCGGAGAUGCCGUCGAACCUGGAACCUUCUGCAUGCCAAGCAGAUGCCCUGCCACUGAACCCAACCUUUCCUUGUUCUGAGUUUGCAGAAUCCGAUUUCCCUGUGCUUCAUGGACCAAUGUAUCGUAUUUUUAAUAUUUUGUUGGAAGCCACCCAGAGUGGCUGGGGAAACCCAGCCCGAUGGGCAGGGUAUAAAUAAUAAUAAUAAUAAUAAAAUUAUUUUAUUUUAUUUUAUUAUUUUUAUUAUUUUUAAUUUUUAUUUUUAAUUUUUUUUAUUUUAUUUUAUAUUUUAUAUUUUAUAUUAUUUUAUAUUUUAUAUUAUUUUAUAUUUUAUAUUUUAUAUUAUUUUAUAUUUUAUAUUUUAUAUCUUAUAUUUUAAUUUUAUAUUUUAUAUUAUUAUUAUUAAUACAUAUGGAAGGAUGCAGGAAGUACUUUUCGACUUCUCCUCCUGGAUCUUAAUAUUACAUAUGAUUUCUAUGCUCUCCUACCCCCAAACGAUUUUUUAAAAAUGUGUGCUCAAUUUCCCCCUGGUCACAAUUUACAAAUUUUAAUACAAACUUAAAAUGAAAUGAGGAAGACAACUUAGGGGACGGAAAUGGAGAUCAGGAUGGUUGUGAGCAGAGGCUGAGGUUGCCAGCUUGGCGGGCGCUGUUGCCAUUGACCUGCCCUCUCCCUGACUGACCCUUGUCGCCCCUUUUGACUCCCCACGGCAGGGUUGCCAGGAUGCCCUCGCCAGGUGCUUCCGCUUCCUGGGCUGGUCCCUCCCGAAGAAGAUUAACAGCAAGAAGGCUUGGCACGACCACCCUCAGAUCGCAGAGACCCUCUGCCGGCAAAUCGUAAGUCACCAGCCUUUGUCUAGCAACGGCUUGGCAGGGUAUGCUUCAAAUUUCCCCCCGUGGGGCCAGGUGGGAGACAAGUCAAAAAAUGGCAAGUAGCCCCAUUUCAAGUUGGGGUUGCAUCUCUGCAAAUCCCCUCGAGUCUUUCUGGAUCCCACAAUUUUUGGUAUUUGGUUUCUAGGAUUCCGGGUUUGGAAUCAAAUAUCUUUGGAGCCGCCUUUUCAAAUAUUUCGACUGCACGUUCCAGAUUUUGUAAAGACUCUCUUGAGUUCACUGAGUCCAGUUUAUGCCUCUAAAUACCAGUUGCUGGGAAUCUCAUGGAGGCAAAGGGGUCUUGUGUUCAAAUCCUGCUGCCAGGUUUCCCCUUGAGGCUGUCAGUUUGCAUUUCCUAGUGCAGAAAGUAUUGAACUGAUGUGUAGAGACCUUUCCUAUUCUACUUAAUUCAAGAGGGUUCUGGAACAUAGCUGUCAAAGUUUCCCUUUUUUAAAGGAAAUUCCCUUAUUCCGAAUAGGAUUCCACGCAAGAAAAGGGAAAAGUUGACAGCUAUGUUCUGGAAGCUUCUCUGUGUGAAAGAAACAAGCAGAAGGUUCAUGGUUCUAGAUUCCGGUAGGUAGCCGUGUUGGUCUGACACAGUCGAAAUAAAAAGAAAAAUGUCCAGUAGCACCUUAGAGACCAACUAACUUAUGUUAAGUGAUGAAUUAAUAUGUUUAAUUCCAUAAGGUGAAGAUCUAAGGAUGUUAAUGUUUAAGUUAAAUUUCAUAAAAAUUGGGAUUUGGAAAACCGUUAAAAGGUCAUGCAAUGAAAUUCAACUAAGGGGAAGCGAGGAAGUUACUUAACAAAGUUAAUAACUGUAAUUUUCAAUAAGGCUAUGAUUUAUGUUUGUCUGUUUUGUGUGUUUGUUUGUUUGUUUGUUUGUUUGUUUAUAAUAUUGUGAAAACUAAUAAAAAAAAUUGGGAAAAAAUAGAGAACAACUAUGUGCAUGCAAUCUGAUUUCGUGGUAUCUGAAGAAGUGUGCAUACACACAAAAGCUUAUACUGUACCCAGAACAAACUUAGUUGGUCUCUAAGGUGCUACUGGACAUUUUAUUAUUAUUAUUAUUUCAAGGUUCCUGAUGUUUGGGUUAUUCCUUCCGAGAAGCUGAGUACAGCUGGCUUAAACUGGUUCUGUUAUCUCUUUCUGUCAAGGUCAUGCUGACUAUAAUAGUAAGGCCAGAAGAAGCCUAGGUUUCACUUUCUCUUACCUCUUUUCCUUCUGGUGUGAUGUUCUAUAUAUAGUGUUAAGGUUUAGAUUAUAAUGUAAGUUUAAGUUAAGUCUGUUGCAACUGGAUUUCUUAUGGCCAGGGCCAAUCCUGAACGUUUUGGAUUUGUAACCAUUAUGCGCAUCUGCCUUCAGUAGCAGUAAAUCUCUCCCGGAUGAAAUGCAAUUGCCUCUGGUCUGUUUUUUGGGGAAUCCUGCAACGUGUUUACGUUUUUACUCUGCUAACUAUAUGUUGGAGUCAUAUGUGGUGGGAUUGUCCGUUAGUUAAUGAAUUUUGGAAACAGAUUGGUAUAGAAAUUUCGGGAAUUGUGGGCAGGAAGGUGGGAAUAUCUAAAUUAAUGAUUCUUAUUAGUCUGAGUAGCACCGAGUUAAAAACAAAAGAGGAAUGUAAAUGGGUAAAAUUGAUGGUAACUGCAGCCGGACAGGUUAUAGCGAGUAACUGGAAAAAUGCAGAAGAGCUAGGGGUGAACCAAUGGAGGAAGAAACCGAAUAAUAUUAUAAUUUUAGAAUAACUGUGAAGAUACACAGACUGAAAGGGUUUAAGGUCAGUGAGAAAGAGGAGGAUUGGUUUAAGAAGAUAUUGAAUUAUUUGGGUAGGUUUGAACAAUUUGUGGCAAUUAAAAUGUUAAAAGUUAAAUAAAUCUUGUGGAUGGAAGAGUGUUAAUGCAUAUAAAAUUGUACAUAUGGCUGAUUUGAAUAUGUUAUUAUUGAUUAUGUAUACCCAAUGUAUCAGCUGCCUGGGGGGGGCUUCACUGUUUGUGUUUGGUUGUUGGUAAAAAAUAAAAUUUUUAAUAAUAAAAAUAAAAGAACUAUAUGAUGGAGUUCUGCUCUGGAUCAAUAGGAGUAGAAUUCCACAACAGAGGCAUCAUGUCGGUCACUGUGAGGACAGACGGCUGGUCUAGAUGGGCCAUUGGUCUCAUCCAGCAGCCUCUGCCUAUGUUCGUAAUGUUCCUCUUUGCUUUGCUAGUCCUGGAAGGUCAAGACCAUCCCUGCCAUCUUGCUCCAAUGUCUGGACCACCUUCAGUGCCCACAGGUCUCGAUCCGAAGAGCAGCUGCCAUCUUUCUUGGUGAGCAAAAUAGUGGCCAUAUUCCUUUAUCACCCGGUGCUUCAUCGCACUAGUUGGAGGCUGUUGGAGAUGUAUGGAGCUAACGGAUUGGGGUUGAAUCCUGACAAGACAGAAGUACUGUUUUGGGGGACGGGGUAGGCGGAUGUGGGGGACUCCCUGGUCCUGAAUGGGGUAACUGUGCCCCUGAAGGACCGGGUGUGCAGCCUGGGAGUCAUUUUGGACUCACCGCUGUCCAUGGAGGUGCAAGUCAAUUCUGUGUCCAGGGCAGCUGUCUACCAGCUCCAUCUGGUACGCAGGAUGAGACCCUCCCUGCCCGCAGAUUGUCUCACCAGAGUGGUGCAUGCUCUGGUUAUCUCUCGCUUGGACUACUGCAAUGCACUCUACGUGGGGCUACCUUUGAAGGUGACCCAGAAACUACGACUAAUCCAGAAUGUGGCAGCUAGACUGGUGACUGGGAGUGGCCCCUGAAACCAUAUAACACCGGUCCUGAAAGACCUACAUUGACUCCCAGUACGUUUCCAAGCACAAUUCAAAGUGUUGGUGCUGACCUUGAAAGCCCUAAAUAACCUCGGUCCAGUAUACCAGAAGGAGCGUCUCCUUCCGCAUCGUUCUGCCCAGACCCUGAGGUCCAGCACCAAGGGCCUUCUGGCGGUUCCCUCCCUGUGAAAAGUGAGGUUACAGGGAACCAGGCAGAGGGCCUUCUCAGUUGUGGCUCCUUCCCUGUGGAAUGCCGUUGUGUUGGAUGUGAAGGAAAUAAACAACCAUCUGACUUUUAGAAGACAUCUGAAGGCAGCCCUGUUCAGGGAAGUUUUUAAUUUGUGACAUUUUAAAGUAUUUUUAAUCUUUGUUGGAAGCCGCCCAGAGUGGCUGGGGAUAUCCAGCCGGAUGGGCAGGGUAUACAUAUAUUAUAUUAUAUUAUAUUAUAUUAUAUUAUAUUAUAUUAUAUUAUAUUAAUCUCCUUUUUCCUCUUACCUGAUGCUAUAUACCUGCUGGAACAAAAUUAACCAUUUAAAAUUAAAAGGGAAAAUGAGUGAAUUGUUUGAAGUCACACAAUGAGUCUGUGGUCUAGGCAGGCCUUGGGCUGCCUCUCCUCUCUGUUCUGGCAGUCUUCCUAGUCCCAGCGCAAAGGAGGUGGGAUGCUCAUGGGAAAGGUGUGACUUACUGAGAGGCUCACGGACUUCCUGUCUUUCAGGUUGUGUUGCCCAGUGUGCAGAGCCAGUUGCGAUCACUCAGGAAAAGAAGGACUUGAUAUUCCUCUGUAAGUAACAGCACCGCGGGACUCAAGUCCCUUUGCAUGAUGACGACAUGAACUCCUAGCUCCAGGGAGACUUACAAAUUUAAAAGACCGUCUCUCGCGUGUCUAGUAAAAAAAAGAGAAGGUUCUAUGCCGUACAUUUUGAUUUGAUAUCAUUUACGAAUAAGGAGGCACGUGGUCCCUCCAGCUUAUGCUGAAGUGCAAAAAUACAAUCCAUAAGAUGCCACACACCCAUUCUGUUUUAUUUGAUCUUAUUGUAUCACAUUUUAUUCUCACCAUGUCUCCGUUCAUAUGGUGUACGCAUGAUGAUAAGGGAAUUAAGAUUAACAUGAAUUCCAAAGCAGAUUUAAACCAGGGGGUAGGGUUAGAGUUAACGGUAGGGGUUAAGGUUAGGGGUUAGGGUUAGAGGGUUAGGGUUAGAGAUAGAGUUAUUGACAGAGUUAGGCUUAAGGUUAGGGUUAGGUUUGUGUCAAGGUUAGGAUUAUGGUUAGGGUUGGGUUAGGGUUGGGGUUAACAGUAGGGGUUAGGAUUAGAGGGUUAGGGUUAGAGUUAUGGUUGGGGUUAGGUUUAAGUUUAGGGUUAGGGUUUCAGUUUGUGUCAGGGUUAGGCGAAAGGCCUGGGUUUGGGGUUCGCAUUCUCAAAUCUUAUAAAAAUGAAGCAAAACCACAGGAGAGACAAAAAAAGCAAGCAAAACCAAUGGCAAUUUAUGUGGGCUAUUUGCAGAUUGGUUGCGCUGCAGAGAGCUUGCUUGGGAGACCACACAUUACAAGGAAUGCAAAAUAACUUUAGCUAGGUUUUAAUAACAAAAACUCCUUUUACAUUAAUUAUAAUAGAUCAAUAAGCACGACCCAUCCACCAACCCAACCACCAGGGGACUGAGGGAGCUAGGUGCUGCUCUUUAUAUACUAUAUCCAACAGCUUAAUUAAUAUAGCUUAACAGCACCUGCUAUACUGUUUCACAGCUGUAAAACUAGGUCACGUUAUUUGCUCUGGCCCUUAAAGGAAUAACAUCUUGUGGAACAAUAAUGAACCUUCAAAUUUAAAGAGACCAUUCAACAAUUUAAACCAGGUAGCCAUGGGAUUUAUCUCCCAGGUUCAUUCCAUUUCUGCCUUUGUCCAAAGCGUGUCCUCCUCUCUCACGGGCCUGGCUUUCUCUCCCUUGCUCCAGCGCUCUCCAAACUACGGCAGGAUCAUGACCCCUCCGUCCGCCUGACGGCCUUGCAAGCCACCCGGAUGGUGCAGGAAGCCUGUGGCGUCUCGGCUGCCGUCUCGCCCCGAUUUUCUGGCUCGGAGGGGGAAGACAGCCUCUCCUCUGACCGGGGCCACUGGGACACGCCGGAUCCUGCCCUGACACACCGGUGGAACCCAGCUUCCCCCACUUCUCACCGGUUGGUGCCCAGCGCUGCCAGGAAGAGAGGUUUCGGGCCAACCCGGCAGGCCUGAUCCUACGCUCCCUUGGGAGGCGCUCAACGUAAGCUCAGGAGACCUGCACACAACUCCCAGUCGAAAAGGCACCGGAGCCACAGAUGAUGGGAGGGGACCAGAAAGGAAGGAGCGGGAGAAAGGAGGCGGCGGGAGAAGGAUGCUCAGCGUGCCUGGAUUCGGCCAGCGUCCGCAGCAGGACAGGAACAGGGAACGUUCUGUGGUGCGAACCAUCAAGACUUCCUCUUGCAUUCCUCCAUAGAACCAGGAUGGCCGUGCAUGGUGAGUGCCCAUUAAGGGGAGGAAAGAGUGAAAUGGAGCCAGGUAUUGAUUUAUUUUCAUUCCGUUUACAAUGUUGUAAACUACACUGCCUCCCACUACAUUUCCAAGCACAGUUCAAAGUGUUGGUGCUGACCUUUAAAGCCCUAAACUGCCUCGGUCCAGUAGACCUGAAGGAGCGUCUCCACCCCCAUCGUUCUGCCCAGACACUGAGGUCCAGCUCCGAGGGCCUUUUGGCGGUUCCCUCGCUGCAAAAAGCAAAGCUACAGGGAACCAGGCAGAGGGCCCUCUGGGUGGUGGCACCCACCCUGUGGAAAGCCCUCCCACCAGAUGUUAAGGAAAUAAUCAACUACCUGACUUUUAGAAGACAUCUGAAGGCAGCCCUGUUUAUGGAAGUUUUUAAUGUUUAAUAGGUUAUUGUAUUUUAAUAUUCUGUUGGAAGCCGCCCAGAGUGGCUAUAGAAACCCAGCCAGAUGGGUGGGGGUAUAAAAAUAUUAUUAUUAUUAUUAUUAUUAGCCGCCCUGAGAUCUACGGGUAUAGGGUGAUAUACAAAUUUAAUAAACAGAUAAAAGGUUACGAUGAUGAGAGUACCACCCACUUUGAGAACCAUUGCCCUAAACCAACCUUCUCCAACCUGGGAAUAAUACCUUCUAACAUUUCUCAGUUUAAAAUAGGGACAUCCUAUUCCAGGCACGUCCAACAGGUAGAUCGCUGGACGGCUGUGGUAGAUCAUCCCCAAAGAAGCUCAACAACUUUGGCUCCCCUAAAAAAACUCAACAUUUUUGCCCUGCACCCCCCCCCCAAAACAGGGCUUUUCUUAUAAAAAAGCUCAACAACUCUGACCUGAACCCCCAUAAAGGGUGUAGUUCACUGCCAGUUUUUAACUCUAUCGCAGUCUCUUGGGAGUUGGCAGCCCUAUUUUAAUUAUUCUAAUUAUUAUUAUUACUACUACUACAGUCAUACCUCGGGUUACAGAUGCUUCAGGUUGUACGUUUUCAAGUUGCGCACCGCGCUGAACCCGGAAGCACCGGAAUGGGUUACUUCCGGGUUUCAGCGCUCGUGCAUGCGCAAAACACUAAACCGCGCUUUGCGCAUGCGCAUGCACAGAAGUGCCAAAAUGCGACCCACGCGUGCGCAGACUGCGGGUUGUGAACGUGCCUCCCGCACAGAUCAUGUUCACAACCCAAGCUUCCACUGUAUUAUUAUUAUUCCCCACCCAUCUGGGUGGCUUCCCACCUAUAUAAAAACAUAAUUAAAAAAUUUUUUUUUAGAAAACUUCCCUUCAGGUGUCUUCUAAAGGUUGUCUAGUUACUUAUCUCCUUGGCUCAGAAGUCACAUAACUCCAAACCCUCCAACAUUCCUUCGAUGAGAAUAGGGACAUUACUAAGGGAAAGUGGGACAUUCCGGGAUCAAAUCAUAAACCUGGAAUACAACUCCCAUCAUCCCUUGCACCAUUGGCCAACGAGGACGCCAUGUUGGCCACCUCUGAGAUAGACGUUUGGUCCGGCCCACUUGGGCUCUCUUUACACUGUGUCACUCCUCCUUGAGGACUGGGAGCUUAGGCCCCAAACCUAAGGAGCCUGUUUCCAUGCUCAGCGCUUACAAGAACACAGUGCCCUCUGCCGUAAUGGCCGCGACUGAUGGAAGUUGUAGUCCAAAACACCUGGAAGUCGCAGAGUUAAGGAAGCCUGUUCUCCGCUAGAAUAUUAACUAGCUUUUUUUAAAAAAUGCAGAGCUGCCCUCUUGUGGCAAAUGUGGAAAUCAGCCUUACCUGGGAGAUGCCAGGGAUUGAAUCUGACACCUUCUGCACGCAAAGCGGAGGAACCUUUGUCCCUUCAGAUCUUGCUGAACUACAACUCCCAUCAUCCCUGACCACUGCCCAUGGGUUGUUGGGAAUUGCAGUUCAGUGCCACCUGGAAGGUUGCAAGUUCCCUCCCCCCCUUCAGAUAUUUGAAGGUGGCUCCCCUAUCUUCUCUCAGUCUCCUCUUUCGCAGGCUAAACACACCCAGCUCCUUCAACCGUUCCUCAUCAGGCUUGGUUUCCAGAUCCUUGAUCAUCUUGGUCGCCCUCCUCUGCCCACCUUCCAGCUUGUCAACAUCCUUCUUAAAUUGUGGUGCCCAGAACUGGACACCGUAUUCCAGGCAGGGGCGUCUUACCCAUAGUUCUGGAGGGUGCCAGGGAAGAGGUGGAGGCUGGACGUGGUGCCUCCCAGCAUCAGCCAUGGCCAACGCCUCACGAAGCUGCCGGCUGAGCUGGGAGGUGCUGGGAAAGGGGGGUGUAGCGGCGGGAGCUUUGCACCACGGCACCAGAUAUGCUUAAGAUGGCAGAAUAGAGCGGGCGGCGCUGUGGGUUAAACCACUGAGCCUCUUGGGCUUGCUGAUCAGAACGUCGGUGGUUCGAAUCCCCGCAACAGGGUGAGCUCCCGUUGCUCGGUCCCUGCUCCUGCCAACCUAGCAGUUCGAAAUCACGUCAAAGUGCAAGUAGAUCAAUAGGUACUGCUCUGGCGGGAAGGUAAACGGCGUUUCCGUGCGCUGCUCUGGUUCGCCAGAAGCGGCUUAGUCAUGCUGGCCACAUGACCCGGAAGCUGUACGCCGGCUCCCUCGGCCAGUAAAGUGAGAUGAGCGCCGCAACCCCAGAGUCGUCCGCAACUGGACCUAACGCUCAGGGGUCCCUUUACCUUUAUGACUUCCCUUGAUCUGGACACUUGACUUCUGUUGAUGCAGCUUAGAAUAACAUUAGCUUUGUUUGCUGCUGCAUCGCACUGUGGACUCAGUGUUCAGCUUGUGGUCUACUAAGUCCCCCUCAAUCCUUUCCACAUGUACUACAGUCAAGCCCGUUGUCCACCUUCCCCGUACAGUGGUACCUCAGGUUAAGAACUUAAUUUGUUCCGGAGGUCCGUUCUUAACCAGAAACUGUUCUUAACCUGAAGCACCACUUUAGCUAAUGGGGCCUCCUGCUGCCGCCGCACCACCGGAGCACAAUUUCUGUUCUCAUCCUGAAGCAAAGUUCUUAACCUGAGGUACUAUUUCUGCGUUAGCGGAGUCUGUAACCUGAAGCGUCUGUAACCUGAAGUGUCUGUAACCCCAAGUACCACUGUAUUCAGGCUCCCAGGACCUACUGCUUCCAUUCCCCCCCUCUCCUGGCACAGAUCAACAACCACAAGAGGGCGUUCUGUCCUUUCUCUCUCUCUCUUUCACCAGGAGCUUUCUGGCUGCAGGAGGACAGAGCCAGUGGUGGAGAAGGCUGCAGGAGAAGCCUCAGUCGAAGGAUGCAGAUGAGAAACCCAAAAUGUGGAUGCAAGCCGACGGUUCUUGCUUGCUGAAGAACCCUUACCGUAAGGGCCUUCACACUGCUUGCAAAAUGCAACUUCCUGCAUCAAGAUAGAAUUUGCAAGCAAUAUAUAGCAAUGUUCUCAUGUAUAUAUAUUUUUAUGCACAUAUGCCUUGAGGACUUUAAGCCAGUAAAUUUGUGUUUUCGGAUUUAUUUUUUAAAGUCGGUUUGUGUUUCACAAAAGUGGAAUGGAUUUCUCUGUGUGUGUGUACCUAACUGAUUCUCAGGACCUGUUUGUUGAAGUUGGCGUGUGCCUCCAGAUUUGCCACUAUCUUGCAGAAUAAUAAUAAUAAUAAUAAUAAUAAUUUCAAGUGAAUGCCAGAG